AUGCCUGUGAUGAAGGGAUUAUUAGCGCCUCAGAACACGUUUCUGGACACUAUAGCCACACGCUUUGAUGGCACGCGUAAGUUUGCUUUUUCAUUGUUUUGCAUGCACUUGAAUCAGCAAUGGUGUUUAAUUUAUUUUUUUAUUAUUUGCUCUGUUUUUGGAGGUGUGGGGGGGUCCUUUUGUCCUCUUGAUUGACUGCUUUUCAUUUUAAAGAGAUCUUUACUGGAUUAGGGACCUACAGAAAGAGAAAGAAAAUUGAAGUCUUGCCUUGUUGUCCUUAAAUGUAAGUGGCCUUCAAAUAAAAAUUUGCAUUUAAUCCACAUUUAAUAACUGAAUCAGACUCAACUGAAAAAGACAAAGACAGAAAGAAGGAGAAGCUCCUCCAGUAAUUACCAGACUGAGUCUGUCGCUGUCCGUGGUGCUGAAGCAUCAGCACCACGGACAGCGACCAAAGGGUUAACUGGGCGCUAACAGGCUCCCAGCUACUGUACUCACACAGAGCACAUCUGGAUGGUCACUGUUCACAAGUUGCAGCCUGUGUUGUUUUUCAUCCUAGGUUCCACAGCUGGAUAAGUCUAACUAACUUUUUUUCCUCCCUGACUCGUCCACACGCCCUUUUUUUCUCUGAGGUUAUUCUUUGUUAUCUCUGCUCUUUGAGCUGACGAGUCCUCCCGCCGCUCUCACACCAGCAGUCGCAUUUAUCAAAAUUAAUUGGUCGGCAUAACACCGAGUCUUUCCCCGGGUUGAGACACACAUAAGGCUUUAUGAGGACAACUUUUCCAUGAACUCUCACCUCUCAUCUCAGCUGUUUCCUUUUUUAACCAUAAAGGGUAACUGUCCCUCUUCAAAAGACUCUUUGGAAACAGCAGUGUAUUACAGCUUUAGGUUUGGUUUUGUUCAGAAGAGCUGCAUUACUUCCAUAUCAGUGAUUCUGCUCAUAUUUAUAGCUUUUAUAUAGAGUUUGGCCUACAGCUUUGUUUCUUUUCUUUUCUUCAGUUGUACAUCGUGGAGUUUGCAUUUCUGAAAUCAUCUGGCUGAGUCCAUCUCUGUUUGGCUGCCAUAUUUAUCAUUAUAUAUGGCAUUAUAUAUGUAUCAUUAGAGCUGCAACAAGAGACUUAUUGGCCAGUUCAGUAUUUAUCCAUAGAUAGAUUGGACUAUCAAAUACCAAGACACUGAAAACUGUCAAAACAAUUAUAGUUUUGAACAUGGAUAAUAACAUCUUUUUUUUUCCGGCUCCUCAGCUGACAUCUAUCCUUUGCACCGGCUUUAGGCAUUUGACCGUCUUGUUUGCCUUUACGUAUCAUAAAAAAAGCAUUAAAAUUAAUUGCAGUCUGUUUCAUACACGUCUAAAUACUCCUCUCAGGGAGUACGUCUGUCUUCGUCUUCCUGCAUCCCACUCAGGCCAUGAUGUAAUAUAACACACCAAUGCAUUUCUGAAUGACACUUUUCAGAUAAUGUCACCAGGCGGCUCAUUUAGUUCAUUAGCACUCAGUGUCAAACUAGUGUUCAAAUUUCACCAAAGUGCUCCAAGUUGGAGUUACCACCUCUGAGCUAAGCAUGCAGGUGCAGCUAAUCUGACUGAUGUCAGCGGGAAAUCAGAUCAUCAAAGCCAGAAGAGCAGACCUCAACUGCUGGUUUUUGUUAACCUCAUCCAUCACAGUUUAACAGCACUCAAAGUUAAUAGAGCUAUGUGGUGUUUUGGUUUGUUAUCAGCUUUAUUGUAAUGAAAUAAUGAAGAAUACCAGCUGUAUUGAACAGAAUAUGCACUUUGAAGCUACAUAUCUACGUCUCUGCACAGUUUCAAACCAUGCUGGUGUAGUGGUGCAGCGUUUAUUUGAAUUAUAAAUGUGACAGUGAAGAUCAUAAAGUGCAUUUCACAGCUUUUUUGUUUGACUCCCAAAUGAAAACACUUCUUUAUGUUUCUUAUAUGGACUUUUAAACAAAUUUGAAGCGAUUUUUCAUGCAAUUAAAUGCAAUGAACAAUUGAAAUCAAGUAUCCAAUCACUUGACCUUUGCUUUAACCAUAAUUCCAAAUCCACAAACCACUUCACUCCUUAAUAAAACAACAACAGAUUCCCAUAACUGUGAACUGAAAAUGCUGUUUUGGGGGCAUUGAUUAUGAAAGUACUUGCAGGCUAGUCUACAGAACUGCAAAUCGAUUAAAAGAUAAAUCAUCACAGCUCUUUGCGAAAGGGUAAGAGACUUCUAUUCUGUAGGUUUAUUUUUCAGAUACACAACUAAACAGUGCUUUUUGUGUCAGGGGUGUUAAAACGUAACACUGCACUGUUUCAAAAAUACUCCCAUUAGUAUAAUUAGUUUGUCCACUCAGGCCCGAUAUUUGUUAAAAUCCCUAAAGUAGAUCUUAGAGAUGAUAAUACAUCCUGCAUUUAGUGUCUGAAUCCUAAAAAAGCCACCUGACCCCACUCAUGCCCCACUUUUUUGGAUGCUGUACAUUUUACCCUCCGUGUUUAUCGCAUUAAAGAGGCUCUAUACCAGCUCAAGACAUCCAUCCUUGUUUCAGCAAGUAUCCCUGCAGGUUGAGCACCACUUUAUGAAAAAAAAGUCUGCUGUACAUUGAGAGGUAAAAACAUCUCACAGCCGGUACAGGAGCUCCUCUUGAACAGGGGGAUCGAAGAAGUGCUGCACCUCGUACAAGUGGCCUGUCUUUUCGCUGAGAGGGAGAAGGAAAUUAACGCAGGAUUUGAACAGCAAGACAGGGCAGACUGGAGGCAGCUGAGCUUGACGGGACAAAUUAGGUGUGAUGGCCCAGCCAGGAGCAAAUAUAAGGGAAGUGCGAGGUUCAUUGCUACGUGAUCCCCUUUGACGUCAUCAGGAGCCUGAGCGGGAGGGAUGGAGCUGGAAACUUGGAAUGAUAAAUGGAUGGGAAUGAAAGUAGCUGGGAUUUUAACUCGAUCUGCUUUGUUAUCAGGUGUUUUAGAUAUACUGCUGACCUUUAAAUGGAUUAUCCUUUCUUUCUUAGAGAUUUUAAAGCAUGAGAUUUCCUUUUAUAUCCAAACACAGCUUUGUUUAAAUCAAAUGUCCCAGACAUAACUUAGGGGUAUCAGACUCUGAAUAAUAGCAGCCUUUCAGGAUAAUUUAAUGAAGAGACGUGGGAAGACAUCACAUGCACAUAAAAGUGGACUUUAAAAGGAUUUAAAUUGCUUUUUUAUGCUAAAAGGGAAGCAGCUUUGAAAUGACUGAAAAUCUCCUGUAAGAUGAUCCUCAAAUAAAAGAAAUAAUUUAAAAGUUCAUCUCACAGCUGACUUUGGGCGAAGUAAUAGUUCAUUUUAGCAGAUUCAGCUCACAGCUCAGUUCAUGGUGUUCCCAGUGGGGCUUGUGUGUUUCUGGAUGUGCUCUGUGGACGGACACAAACACCUCUGUUCACAGUGUCAAGAUCAUUGUGUUUCGGUUUGUCCACAGAGUAACUAAACACAACAGAAGGUGUGUUUACUUCUGUGUGAGACUCCUGGGACACCCUCUGUCUUCACUACAAUCACUGAUCAUACCAGCUGUCAGUCACUUACAGCACACUGAAACUUAAUGUAUGUAUAGACUUAUACAUACAGUGUUUUUCUGUCUUCUUCUUCUGUUUUAAAGCCUCAAGUUUGGCAUUUUUCUGUUGCCAUCUUGGUUGCAGACCCAGAAGUAAUCAAGUUCGAAUUACUGUGCAGAUAUGUAUCUCUGUCUGAAUCUCUGUCUUGGUUGAUAAGUUACUGUGGAUUUGUACAAUAUCCUCUAUACAUUGAGUUUGCACUCAAUCAGCCAUGACAUUAUGACCCUGAAAUGCAUAAAGUGAAUAUUAUUGAUUCAUCUCAUUUCCCUGGCGCUUGUAAUGGAUGGGAUUUAUAAGGCAGCAAGUGAACAUCUAGUCCUUGCAGUGAGUUUCAAGCAAGAAAAAUGGCAAGUGUAAGGCUGCUAGCUACUUUGGCAUAGAGUGAAUUGCAAUUACUACCCAACUGGGUCAGAGCACCUCAGAAAUUUGGGUGUUAGUUCAGGCAGGCCAUGAUAUCACGCUCUCGCUGCUUCCUCUUCAGACUGUUAAGCAUCUUGCAUCAACCCUCCCUAUCGCUCUGUAUUUUUCCCUAACUCAGCAGUGGCGAGGUGGCUGUCUGGCUUGAGUCUGGUCCUCCCCAAGGUUUCUGCCUGUUAAAAGGAAGUUUUUCCUUGCCACUGUCACUCAUGUUAGAUGGGAUGAGUUAAAUCUGUCCCAUCUUAAGGUUGGGUCUUUGUAAUUCAUCAAACAAUGAGCGUGGUCUAGUGCUGCUCUUUUUUUUUUUUGAAAGCGUCUUGGGAUAAUGACUUGUGAUUUGGCGCUAUAUAAUCAACAUUUGAUUUGAUUUGAUUUGAACUGUUGCUCCCCUUUUUUUACACUGUGUCUGAUUAUAUGGAUGUGCUCUGUUCUGCACCUUGAGAGUCUUUGCUGCUUUCCCUGCCUUGGAGAAAAAUAUGAAAAUCAAGAUAAAUAUUCAUCUUAUUUAAAAACUGCAUUAUUCUUUCAGUCUGAAAAUGUACAUUUUGUAAUAUUUCUUCUAAAGAUGUAGCAGGUCACAUCCCUGAACUUUAGCUGGAAAGCAUCCGCAUGUUUCUCCAGCUGGAAAAAACUGUCACUUCACACCCCAGAACUAAAGUCAGUGCUGUAGUCUUUACACAACUUCAGAAAACUUGCUGACUUUUCGUUCUGUGAGCCAAUGACGGCCUUCAUUUGGGAAAUCGAGACCAUAUUGGGCUUCCCUUCCACUAAAUUAAGCAGACGGUUUGGUGGCGCAGUCGUAACAGAGGGCUGUGUUAAGCCUCCUAUAGUGUGGGCUGUAUGCUCCCCACCCUGCACCGCUCUUCCAGAUAGCUAUUUUCUAGCUCCCAACGCACACUGCUUCCACUUCCACUAGGUAGGUAAUUACUGUCACAAUCACUGAUGCUGAGACUUGGAACAGCUGUGUAUGGAGUCAGUGUGCUAAAGUGUGUGUGUGUGUGUGUGUGUGUAUGAAAGAAAGCGAGAGGAGAGAGGGAGGAAGUAUGCAGGAUUUCUAGCACUUUACAAGUUUGUGUCACAGAAACUUUAUAUGCAUAUGUGUGCAAGUGUGCAACUCUGUCUGCCUGUAUGUGUGUGUUUGUCCCAUGACUUGACGCAUAAGGGUAAUAAAGCUGAAGUUUCCACUGUAUUCACUAAACUCCUCUUAAAUGCAUCACAACUAUUUUGGCUUGAAAGUGGCUCUGGGAUCCCACAUCUUGAUUACCACUGGCUGCCAUGUGUUUAAAAACUCACCUGGGUAUCACACACAAUAGGAGAAGCCAACACUAUCGGAGUGUGCUGUCUGAAGAAAAGACAGAGUGUACACUGUUGCUCUUCCCGUGGCUCAGUCUCACCAGCAACCUUCUGACCUGCAGGAAAACCCAGGGAGCUAAUUACUGAGACUGAAAGACCACAGACCACACACUGACGUACAAGCGUUUCAUUGAGGUUUAUUACAGCAGUGUUAACUUAAAUUAUUUGGGUGGGUCAUCCAGAAUCACAUACUGUACGCUAAAAUAACAUCAGAAACCCUUUAAUUUUCUUUAAUAGACAGUGAGCACCUUGUUAUUCUAUCAUCUGAUUAUCCUGCGUCGGGAAAAGGCAGCUCUAUUGAGUCCUCAGAUAGAGAUUGACUGUGAAAGAAGUAAUGAGUGCAGUUAUGAGACUGUGAGGGAGUAAUCAAUCAUCAUUGACUGUAAUGCUGCAGGGUGCACAGGGGGCUCUCACUUACAGGCGCAGGAUUGGCACUACUGCUCCCAUUUUCUCCAAAGCCCACUUAAUAUCAAGACUGUUUUAUUUCAGGGUAAAAAUAAACUGAGAGCAUUGAGCUGCGCUGUAUCCAAGCGGGCAAUUCUGAACACAGAGGUCGCAGGAAUCUGGGUAAUGGAGUGAUUAUUAUCGGGGCCACUUAAGAUGUGUCAUAUCAGAUUAUUGGUGUCCAUCCUGUUAGCCAAAACCACUAUGAACCAAUCAGAUCGUUUUAAUUUGAAAGUUGAAAUCACAACAUCACUUAGGUAAAGUGAAAUAUUUUGAAAACGUAAAGCUCCUGUGAGGAACUUUUCAUUUGUGUCAACUUUGGCGCCCCCUGUGGACAGAGCAGCCCUUGCUUAUCUCGUUCUUUACAUGCUAAAUCAGUGUUUUCUGGCAAAAUCUGUCAUCCUGCUGACUUUUAACAGUCAAAUGUACCAUUCAGUGAUAGGAAUAGUGAAAACAGGGUUUCUCAGCAGACAUCACUCUCAUGUCUGAUGGUCUUGUUUGCUUUCAGAUAUCAUUAAAAAGCAUCAGAUUGAAUUUUAGUCUAUUUCAUGAAUGUCAAUAAAGUGUCAGAUGUCGGCUUAUCAACUCUCUUUGAACUCAAAAGCCAGACUAUCAAUUUCAAUUUACGAUGGAAAUGUUAUCUAACUGCAGCCUUAAUUUGUACACCUCCAGCUGACACAGAGCUACAUUAAUAUUCAAGUUUAAUAUUCAUUCUUCCUCCAGCUCUGUGUUCAGCUUCACAAACUCUUCAAGAGAAUAUCUGGUGUUUUAGCUAAACACUUCAGCAAUUAGUCACUUACUUACUUUGUCUGUCUGCUUUUUUUUUAAAAACUGAAAAUAGCUGCCUGCUUCUCGUCUGUGCAUGCUUUAAGGCGUGUUAUGUGCCUCAAGAAAACAUGUUUUAAUUUGCAUUAAAAACUACAACAUCAUCAGUUAAACGUCCUGUUUAAAGAUCCUCAGCAUCUCACCCACUCAUUGACAGUAAACCAACAUCGCUGAAGGCAUCAGAUAAGUGUAGGAAAUGUAAAUAAGUGUUUUGAAUUAGUAACAGGCCAGCAGUAGCCUCUGGCUGUAUGAAGGCUUUGAGAAAGUAUUCAGCUAAGAUGAUACAGCUACUCUCAUCAGCACAGCAUAGACUCAGCAGGGGCACGCCGUCCUCGCUGUAAGGUCAUCAGCACUUUAAAGAGGCCAGUGUGGUAUGUGUUCCACCAAACUUCUGUGCGAGAGCCUCUGCGUCAACAUGGAUGCUCUGCCUUGUUAAACCGCCUAAUUAGCAAGAUUCUUCCCCUAAUCACCAUCUCUAAUGGCCUGUCCAAAACGAUCGACGGAAAGGGUUUCACCAGCUAAUAUCUUGGGAAACUCAGCCAUUUUUAGAUUCAAUUAAAUUUUUCAAAUGGGAGGAUUGGAUUUUUGUGACAAUGAGAGAGAAGCUAUGACAGAAAUUUUUGAGGGAGCAGAGAGGGAGAUAGACAAUGGAAGCUGGAGGACUGGCUGAGAGUAUUAAAUACGGGGGGGGGAGUGAAGGGGGGUGGGCUUGCAAAUUACAGGACCGUAAUGGCGGGUGUAAUUUUUCAGCUGUUGGGAGCCUGGGGACCGUAUGACAAAGAGAGCUAGUGAAAUGAUUAAGGCAGUGGAUUUAGCUAAUGAUUUUCUCUCCUCAAUGAUACAGUUUGAAAGGAUUACCACUGUUUGAAUGGAUGGGAGUCUAUGUCUGUCUCCUGAGUGUAUGUACAUUGAAAACAUAUGAAUCCCAAGUCCGGUUUUAUUGACUCUGAAUAGGAAUGAUUAAUUUAGAAAUGUUACUGACACAAAUGUACUCAUUAUGCUGACGAUACCAUUAUUUAUACCUCCAUGUAAUCCAUAGGAAGUACAACUGGCAAAUUACAAGCUGCUUUACCAUUGUGCAUAAGAAUCCUUGUCAAUAAAACCUGCACUAAAUACCAACUGGACUAAAAUGGUGUGAGGGUUAAACAGGGAUAGUUCUGCAAAAGGAUGAUUGAAUGUGUCUAAAUACAUACAUGCUUGUUUAUGCAGCAGUACAAUUAGCCCACAACACUUUUUCCUGCUCUAGUUUGGAGGUUAGGUCCAUUUAAUUUUUUUUUUCUUGGCCAUGUUGGACAUAUUUGGCAGGAGCAGCAACAGGUUAAAGAAGGAAAAAAAGAUGGUUUUAUUAAGUCUUAAGUUGGAGUGAGCUAACUCAGGCAGUCAACUCAAGCUGAACUGAUUUCACACUUGGCAUGCUUCAUUCUCACAAUCACAUGAUGAACUCACUUCCAGUUGAGUGCUUUACUAAAGCUGAAAGAUUUUCAGUCCCUGCUUCUACUGCCAUGCUUAAGUGCUGCACUCACACUUUUAAGCCCCCAUCACCGGCCUGAGCAUCCACCCCACAGGCUACGAUGGGGGGGGGGUUCAAGGCGAUGACUAAUCUUUCCUUUAUUUCUGCACAUAAAAGUAAAACUGCAAAGAGAUACGAGAUUAGACACCAAACACAAAUAGUGCUAUGCUAUUGCAAUAAACAGUUCAAGCCUAAGCAUGAGUUGUCUUACUGAACAAUUUUUCAAGCUACUGAGAGGAGUUUUGGGAAGGGUAAUGAAAAAAGACAUAUCAUUGAUAUCAAUACCCCUCAUGUGAUACAAAAGCCAAGAAUAUACAUAUACGUGACAGAAUUGAGUAUGUCUUCAUUGUGAUGUUGAUCCCUAUAACUGCUAUGUAGUAGGUCCAACGAAAUAAGUCACAGCUCACUGUGGGAACAACUUUUUUAUAUAUUGUAUGUCCCACUGUAAUCUGCACAGUGUGUGUUAACUUUGACUGUUAAAAGAGACAGAAACAUGACUCACAAAACCAGCAAUGAGAUUCAAUGUUUGGGGGCAUCAAAAAUUGUCACAUGCUAAAGUUCCUUACUGUAGCUUUAAUUUUAAGCAAAAAGAAAUUUCAUUUUACACAAAUUCCUGCUUUUUUAAAAUGAUGUAAAAUGAAUAGAUUAACAAAUGCAUCGUGUUAUCUCUGUAUAUUUAUGUAUUUUCUUAAUGCAGAAGCUUUGAUGUGAUGACAACAGUAACUACACCACUUCAUUUUGUAGCUUUUCUGACAAACUUCUCAGACAGCUCUUUUCUGCCUUUUUUUUUGCAGCACUGAGGGUAAAAUGCUCCCUGUUUUUUAAAGUUUUAAGAUGCAAUGAUGCUGCAUUUUGUUUCGUUUUUGCUUACAUGAAGCUGAUAUGCUUACCCCACUCUGCAUGGAUAUGAGAUCACUCACCUCUUAUCUGCUCAGCUCAGGAAAUGACCCAACCAGCUGAUUAUUUCCAAUUAAAUAUGUCGGCAACUGAUUUUUGUCAACAACUGCACAGAUGAUUGCAGCCCUCAAAAAUGAUGAGGGUGAAUGUGGUAAAUUCAAUCAAAACAACUGCUGUUUUUUCUUUUGUUGCAAGGAAAAAAUACAUUCAAGAGGCAUUUUUAUUAAUACUGAACAAAGAUUAAGUCCUUCAUAUUCAUUCUACCUCACUGUCAUGUGAUCUUUGUUUCUGGUUUGGAGUUUCCUCACACAUUAUUGUGUCUUAUUUAACAGAGUGAUGUUACUAUCAAACACCUUUCUAUUAGAGACUGAACCAUGUGAGCAGUUUUCUUCAUGUUCUGUACUGAUUCCUCAAACUUUUGGAGGCGGCCACCUUCAGUCUCAUGGCCACACUUUCUAUUUCAUCCUUCAAAGUCUCUCUGUCUUUGGUGAAACUGCUUUCCUGCCCACUCAUCUUGGUCUGAGCUACAGACUUACACCAAUUUAGUACAUUUUAUGAAGAUAUUACAACUGGAAUUAAAAUCUCGACCAGAUGCACUUCUUUGGCUAAAGCACAGAUUUUUUUUAAAUGUAUUUCCUCCUAUCAUUUGUUCUUUUGUGUGAAACUUUUCGUACUGCUGCCUGCACCAGGACUCUCUUGUUCUGGAGAUUUCCAAUCUUUCUGGAAAAAUUCCUGGUAAAAUGAAAUAGUCAAUACCCAGCCCACACUUGGUUGAUAAGGAGCAGUUUCUGGCAUUAAUCUCAGAAUCUUAUUUGUUGAAUAAAUUUUGUGUCUCUCGCUGAGUUAAACGGUACAGUUGUAACCUUGGUUGCUAUGGUGUGUAUCAGUGGUUACCAUAGCAACUCUAGAGAGAUGGUUUUCAGAGUCAUGUGAUUGCCCUGUAGCGGUUUCUAAGAGGCCGACAUGAAUUCUGGCAAAGAGGUGAGGAGGUUUUUUCCAUCCAUCUCUCCACUUCUCCACCAAUUUUCUCCAUAGUCCAUCUCCAUCGCUCACCAUUCCACCUCUAUCAGCUCCAUCUCACUUUUCCGUCAACUUUUCACAGCACACCACCCCCUUGUGUCCCCUCCACACCCUCAUCUGUCUGCUUUGUUUUAGUUUUCUCAGCAAACCAUUCCUCUCCAAUAUCCGCCUUAUUUUUCACUUUCUCACCUGCUUUUUCUUUCAUCUCUCUCUCUCUCUCUCUCUCCCUGUUGUGUUUAUCAGUUUUUGUUUCCUUUCCCUUUUUUCUCUUAACUCUUAAACCUCUUUCCCUUUGACUCCUUUUCUUUUCUCUCCUCUUGUUUUCUUUUCUCUCCUUUUCUAUGCUUUUUACCCUGUUGUUCAACCGUUAUAUGAACUGGUAUGUCCUAAAUAACUCAAGGGUUUAGGUGCUGUCAGAGGGCAGUCAGGGGGGGAUGCUGAAUGUGCAUACAGAGCAUUUCUAAGUGCACACAAAGCCCAGAAUUAUAGGAGAAAAAACAGUGCAUGUACAAAGUAGCACUAUCACUUUCUCACCUUUGCUCACUUUUCCAUUUGUUUAGGAGAGCUUCGAUUUGUGCCUCUUACAAACCUGGUUAUUGUAGCACUCAGCUGCUGGGACAAGUGAAUUCCCCUAAGUCCUCCAAACUGAACCACAGAGCGGUUUGUUCAGAGAGGCUUUGAAAAAUGACCAUCAUGAGUGUUUUCUGAUCUUGCACCUCUAUUACUUUUCUAGAGUCGGCUAUCAUCUGUGUGAACCUGUUUUUCAGCACAGUGGAGCUCCAAACGUUGCCAUCGGCAUACUAAUAUGACAAAUCAUACAUCAUAAAAAUUCAGCAGGUGUUCUGAUAAAAAAAAUCAUCAAUAUUUAGCGCGGGGACAGAUAAUUCCUGCUAAACUCUACAUCCAGCAUCAGAAGGUAAUCUUUAGUAGAUUUUUGUGCACAAACAGAAAAACUGGAGAUUUGUGGAGAAAAAUCCAGGUGAUUGCCAAAUUUCUCACUUUUUAUCCUGUAGGAAGGAAUCAUCAUCUUCCAACUCAAAAAUCAAUCCAUCCUAAUUUUUAUAAAAGUUACAAAAGUUUUAUAAAAGUUGGUAUGCCAUGAAAAAAAAAAAAAUUGUUUGUAAAUUAUUUAAAGCCUUUAUUUAAUUGAAAUUGUGCAAAAUAAACACAUUUAAUGUGGAAACUGGAAAAAUUUAUUGUUUGAUGAAAGAUACAUACCCAUACAGAUACAUAGCAGUUUGAACAGGGGUAUAUGUACUUAUGAGUUGUAUCAAUUCUUAUAACAACAAUCUCUAAACUGAGAAGAAUAUGGUUUGGCAUUGUCUUUCUGUAUUAUGCAAUGAUAUAUUACAAAGCAUGUAUUGUUUUGUAAUAUGAAUGUAUAUCGUUCAGUAUGAAUGCUGCCUUCCCAGAUGUGUAAACUGAGAUCUGAGAUGCUGUUUUUGAUUUAAAAAAAAGGUGGAUGAUUCCUCCCCUCCUUAAACUAGAGGAUGCUGCAUCCAUGAUUUAAAAUCAUAUUGCAUAUUGUGAUCAAUCAGAGUGAUCAAUUUCUUCCCGUAUACAAACCUGGUUCUUGAAUUAUCUCUGAACCUUAACUUUAUCUUGCUCUACAAUUCCUUUAUUCACCAAUGACUAUUGCUUAGGUAAGCCUUAUAUUCAUUUUAUCCCCUUUCUUCUUUCUCUGUCUUCUGUUUUCCUCUAUCCCCCUCCCUCUUUCUUUGUCUCCAUUUUUCCUCCUCUGCUCCUCCACUUCGCUGGGUCCCUGUGGGGUUUCUCCAGCUUCUGUCACAUGGUACAGUGUGGAGGGAAGCUCUAUGGUGCCUCCUCUACACUGGAGCAAUUAGCCAAAAGAAAAUCAGGAUGGAAAGAGAGUUACAGUAGAGAUUGGAGGGAUGAUGGAGAGGUUCAGACGGAGGAGAGAAGAUCUAAAGCUGAAAAAGAUUAACAAAAGAAAGGCAGACAGGAGAAGUGAUGGAGUGGUGAGAUGAAAUCUGAAAAGAAGUCAGAAGGACAGAUGAUUCAGACCUUUCCUUCAGGAGAGGACAGAUAGUAAAAGUAGACAGAUGAUACUCGCGGGGUCAUUGGGAAGAAGGUGAACGUGUGCAGAAGGAAAUAAAUGGAUUGGGGAAGAGGGAUCGUUCGGUGAAUAUCCUAGGGAGAGGGGAGAUGAAGAGUAAUUAGGCAGAGAGAUCCAAAGCGGCAGGAGGACAUACAGAACAGCUGGGAGGGAAGUAAGGAGGGAGUAAAGGUUGGUAGGGCAGGAGGGAAAAAAAGAAGGUAUAGAACUAAGGACAGUGAUAGGUAUCGGAGGAAGAGGGGGAACAUGCAGGAGGGUUGGAGGAGCAGAGCAAAGGUGGGGAUAAUGGAGGGUGGAGCAGAGGAGAUGGGGGUAAUGCUGCUGCAUUAGAGAAGGAGGACAGCUGUAGAAAAUAAACUAGAGAGCAUGGAAACAGAUUUGGAUGAGAGAGUGAAUCAGAAACAAGUUUAAAGUAAAUAAACUGGCGAGCCUGCUCUGUGUUACAAUAUGCUGAGAUAAUGAAUCAUCAAAGAAACAAUUUAUAUAACAGGUUUGGACUUGGCGCUGUUUGAAAUAAUAGUUUGAGUUUUCCAGCAUGGACAUAACUUAAAAGUACAAUGUCAUCUUUGCUUUUCCUCUUUCCUGACCAUCACUUCUAAAGAUAAAGAGUUUUUUUGUCUUCAGGUUUUAGAGGUACAGCAGGACUAUGUUGGUGUGAAAGAUGGUAAAGGUGAACCACUUAUAGAAUUCCUUAUAGAAAUGUAUGUACACAUCUGUCAUUACAGUCCAGCCUAGAUAAUCCUCACUCAAACACAACAUAGUCUCACUGUAAACAUCCAGUUUCUGUCACUCUACUCUGGGAGCUGUCAUCAACAUCCUGCAGUCUUUCACUCUUUCACCCUGAGAGGCCGGCAGCCCUGUCGCACUCUGUCUCCAGCUUACCCUGGGCCUGAGGGGCCUCAUGUCUGACAGCCGGUCCCAAUGCUGAGACCCGCUCUGACCAUCUGUCUGAGCCACGCAGUCAGAGAGUUUCAGCUGACAUCUCACUCCUGCUGUUUUUUUUCUCCCUCUAACAUGAAUGAAACAGGCUGCCAUCGUGUUUUUGGUCCACUCUCAUUUCUACACACCAUUAUAGUACAAUUACGAUGUGUUUACAACCACAGCUCUACUUCUAUUGUAGGUCAUUAUCAUUCCUGUCAGUAAUAGACACAUUUUACUGAUAUUGCAAUCUGGUUGUGUUGUUAACAUGGAAUAGGUUUGCCUUUCUGACCUGUGCUAAAGCCACUCAUUCAUUCAUCGAUGGCUAUGGUCUGUUUAGCAUAAGUUUAAUUUUAUUUCCAAUGUUUUGAAGCUUGAUUAACUAACAGUGCCUCCUCUCUGCUAGGAUAUCUGGAGCUCUAUAGGGGGAAUAAAUGGAUCUAUAGUUGACUUGAAGCAUAAACCCCACCUUUGCCCUUUGCAGUGAGGUGGACAUGUUUAAACAAAGAGCGUGGGCAAGGUAGAGUAGAACUGUUGACUGUGUAAGAGCUGGACAGAGCAUUGGUGACGUCACCUAUAUGAAGGGGAUCUUUGGUGCCUAUUGGUUGCAGUCUCCAUAUAAGCAAUGCUGACUCAACCUAACUUUCUGUCAGCCUAGCAGAGGCUAACCUCAAGGCUUCUCGUAAAUAGCUCCAGUGUGCCUGCCUGCCUGUCAGUCAAGUCAACCAUGCUUCUGAUUCCCCUAACGUGUUACCAUAAAAACUUUUAAACAAACAUGCUCCAAAUGUGCAGUGAGAAAACUGAGCUAUUUAGAGCAAAAACAGUUUUUGAACCAAGUACAGACGUCUUAAUUUUUGCUCCAAAAUCUGGCUUUUUUGGCUGAGUGUGUGCAUGAUGCCAACCUCAAGAGGGCACUCAAGGAACCACAGUUUUUAGCGACUUCUUAGUUAACUUUGGUUCUCAGGAUUAGAGGUUGCAGCUUCAUUUGAAACUGAUAUUUAAAGUGCCAUAAUCUACCAGAACACCAGAUCUGCAUCACAGAGUAAGGGCUCUAUUUUCGUGCUUCGCCAGUGACGUGGCACAGGCGUGGCAUAAGUCAGGUCCGCCGCGCCGACAAGGCGUUCCCAAGCACAAUUUGGUAUUUUAGUAUAUAGUAGUGGCAUAGUAUCCCCCCCACCCUAAUUCAGCUCCUCCCAGCGGCAUGAGUCAUAGUGAGGGAGGAGAGAGGGCGUGGAGUGGGUUUAACACAGCUGAGACCUGUAUUGACCAAUGACAUAAGCUCCUCUCCUCGCCUAUAAAUACGCCACCGGCGAGGCAUAUUACAAUUUUUGUGAAGAGAUCAAGAGAUGUCCCAAGACAGCAAUGCCACAGGAGAAAUAAUCAAGGAGAAAUAAGAGGAAGAGAAAGAAAGAAAAGGAGGGAGAUAAAUUACAUAUCUUGUUCACUUCAUCAUGUGUGUCUAUUUACUAGAUAUUUAAUUUACUUUAAUGCGGUUUCAGCUGUGUUGAUUGGGUCAGGUUGUGUGUGCCAAAUGCGCUCAUCAGAUCAGAUAUAGAUCAGAAUAUAUCUAUAUAGAUCUAAAUGUAUGUGCUGACUCAGAUUAUUAGUUGUUAUUGAAUAUUUAUUGCACUGAAAUGUGCCUGACACUGUGGAAACCUGCUGGUGAGGCAUCGGUGACGUAUGCCGCUGGGCUACCAAAAUACCACUAGACCAGCUGCGCUCUGCCUGCGCUGAAAGCUGACCAGAUUUGAAUCGGCGAGCUUUCAGCGCACUUUACACGCCGGCGGCGAGCACGAAAAUGUCACAGCGGCAGCUGAUUCUGUCGACACCUCCCCCUGCCACGCCACCACGCCCAGCUUGGCGGACCUCGGUGCGCCUCAGUCCAUGAAAAUACCAAACUGGCUGUAUGCCGGGCUCCGCCAGAUGAAAAUACCACUGCGUGGGGUCCCCCACCCUCCACCGCCUCACCGGCGCCCUAGGUCUCACUUAGUCCUCUUUUGUUGCUAGCCUGGUGUUGUCAGGCAAAUUUACUUGGCGAAUGGGUCUGUAAACGUUCAAUUCAUUCCAUUUUUGCGGGUGGCAUUAGCAUCAGUUAGCAUUCACACUAAAGAAAUGCUGGAGGUGAUUGUGCAGACUUACAACCAAUCAGGUGAAUGCAGGAUGUGACAUAAUGCAUGGUAACAGAAAUGUAAUCAGACAGAGGCAUGUGUACAUACAACAACCUCCUUAUUUAAAACAGCCGCCAGAUUGAAUUUAAUGAAACCCCAAGCAACUGAAGCUGUCCUCUGGAUUGUGUACAAACACACUGAAAUAAUGCUGUGUCAUCAUCUUCAAUAAAGGACUGUGAUUGGGUCCGUUUUUUUCUAUUAUUGAUGGUAAAUUGUCGAAGUAUCAGCAGUUUCAGACCCACAUGCUGGCAAAAAUGAGCUCGAGCUGGCUGACGGAUCUGGCAGUGCCAGGCGAACAGGGCCCAGCUGUGGUAAGAAAUGAUCCAGUAUUUAAUUAUCCGUCCAUUUUGAAAGUUUUGUGCCCCCAGGAUCAAAUGGAACCAUAGGAGGGAAGUUAGAAAGGCAGCAAAAGAGAGUUUCUAUUCAGGCUCUUUAGGUUUUUUUAAAUCUUAAAGUUAUAAGUGUAUAGUCGGUGUCCAAUUACAGAUAGCCAAACUUAUAAUGAUGUUGUGUGUCUUGAUCUGAAUAAAAGCUUUGCUGAGUAGGGGCAAAAAAAAUUAAAAGAGCUCGAGCUUUAAUAAAGUAUACCUAUCCAUUAUUCCCUCUUACAUAAGUCCUCUCCUGGUCCCACACUCUGGACAGUGACAUGAAUCAUAAUUUUCUGCCUGUAGCAGCGAGCCCGCAGAAGCAGGAUGGGAUUGUUGCGAGGAAACAUGUUACUUCUUCCUCUGGAGAGAUUUAUACACCGGUUUUCUUCUCUGCUGUUGUAUUCCCAGUGUAUAUCAAAGGUGGUUCCCCUCAGUGAAAGCCUGAUGUACUACACGAAACAAUUAAACACGGGGCGUAGGGAAAAGGGAGUAUUGAUGCAGAAAAUUGAUUUUUGUAAUGAAAUGUAAUUGAAACAGGUCGUUUUGAAGGAUGUCUCAAGCAAUAAUUAUGAACACGCUCGCUCACGUUAUGUGUGUGUGUGGAUUGAUUUGUGUGAGGAUCAUUGUGUUACUGGGAGUAUCCUCAUGUCCCAAAAUAUAUUGGCUAUAAUGUUUCAUAACACCACAUGUACCUGUAACUUUUGAGCUGGCUUGAGCAGAUUUGACUUCUUAUCACGUUAGAGCAGUGCACACACACACACACACACCAACAUCCACAGAAACUGCCAGCUGACCACCUCAGAACAUGAGCCUCAGCAUCAUUCUGGGCUACUUUGGCUCUGUGCGUGUUUGUUAUGUGGAUUUGAGUUGUUUUUUUAUUCACCAUGACAGAUGAAUUCAGGUAUAAACAGCUGGUCCCUUUUCAGUCGAGUAUUUAGAGCUAGACACAAAUCAGCCAAUUAGUUGUGAUUCUGUUUUCUCUGUCAUCACUCCAGAUCAUUCCCCACUGAUUCGCCUCUUCUGUCUCUCUGAUGCAAAAGUGCUCCUUAACACAAAAACUGCUUCUACUGAAGCUCUCACUGCGAGAACAACAAGUUCAGGGUCUGUCUGUUGACACCAGGGAAUAACUCUCAAGAUUUGGGCUCAGCUUGUAGAUAAAUCGUCUCUUAUUGAGGUAAAUGACCUUCGUAUUUCCGCCUCCAUCUACAUGAGCUGAACACUCUGAUCAGCCUUUGUGAGUUUGUGCUGAAACGAAGUCUAAUAUUAACUCUCCUGUGGCUGGCGAGAUUGAAUUAGUGAAAGAGCAAAAGGGCGCUCCUUGACUGGUUAAAUUUGGACUAUUUUUUAUUAUGUGGAAUUUUAAGAGUGGGUUGUGGGAGCUGAGAGGUUAGAUUAGUGUCAGCGCAAUGGUUUCCAAUAUAAUUGGUCCAAAUUUCAGUUGGGAAUAUCCAGCUCUCAUGCUGCUAUAAAAAAUGCAGCUACUUUCACAAUAUUGCCAACAACAGCUGAUCCAAUGACGGUGUUUAAUGUGACGGGGCUAUUGCGGUAUGUCUCCAAGGGAUCACCAUCAAAAAUCAAUCACUGCCUCAGCACCCCCAGAGUGAUACUGUCUUUCCUCUCCUCUCACAGACAGCAACUUCAUCCUGGCCAACGCACAGGUGUCAAAGGGCUUUCCCAUCGUCUACUGCUCAGAUGGGUUUUGCGAGCUCACCGGCUUCUCUCGCGCCGAGGUCAUGCAGAAGAGCUGCGCCUGCAAGUUCCUGUACGGGCCGGAAACCAGUGAAAGCAUCAUCCUCAGCAUCGACGAGGCGCUGGAGGAGCGCAAAGAGUUUAAGGACGAGAUCAUGUUCUACAAAAAAACAGGUAAACAUCAGAAAUCUUUAGUCUUUACUUCUUUCAGAGCUGUUCCGUCCUCAAACACAUCACUGUGUCUCUCUUUUGCAUUAGUGUCCUGUCAUUUUCCUGUAGAAGACAGACUCUGUUCCCUCCUCAGCCAUUUACCAGCUCAGUUUUGGGGCUAAGGCAAGCCAUUAGAGGAAGCGCAGACAGAGCGAUUACCAUGCUGGACCUGAAUAUUUCAGUAAAUUGAUGGCAGCUCUCUUUGGCUAUUUCCGAGGAAGUCGCAGUUAAAUUGGCAUAGAUGGAGCCAUGGAUAGAUGGCGUAAUGGCAUAUUAAUGCAUGUACAGCCUCUCUUUAUUGGCCCAUUCUCAUUAAAAGGUGAUUAAACAAUGCAUUCGCUCACAGAGUCCCCCUCUUAUUAUUUAAAGCCUGACACAUUUAACUUUCAGAGCUGUCAGAUUGUGACUCUUUACCCCUGUCUCCUUCGAUUACACACAGCCACAUAACCAGCCCAUGGUGCGGUAUGUUUUCAUGUGUGCCUCACUGAUUAGCCAGCUGGCCGGUGAACAAAAUGGAGUCGAAAAAUAAUGAGCAUAUCCAGGCAUCAGUGGACACAUGCUUGCUGUGAUGUGGGAUUGGGGCCAUGUGCUGUUGCAUGGUUACUACAGAGUUUUCGGUGCACUUCUGCUUCAUGUACUGGUUGAGUCUUGUGGUAGUUAUGGUUGUUUUUGACCACAUCGUUCUUCUUUUCUUUAUUUAGCUUGGUAACUUCGGUGUUUAGAGGAGGAUUUUUUUCUUCAGCCAAUCUGUCUCAAAUAUGGAGUUUUCUCUGCAUUUUGACCAUUUCAUUUCUGUUUUUGAACCAGUAUCAAUAAUUGGACUCUGAUUCUGAGACUGAGCCGCCAUUUUGAUAUCUAAUAUAUUUAAAAUUCCACCAAAUAAUUUCUCAUUAGUCUCCAUUUGAUAACCCUUCAACUUUCAGGAAAACUUAUAUGAAUGUAACAUGAAAUUCACUUUCAGAAAAGUUUGGUUGAAGUUUUUCACCAUAUUCAUGGUACUGCAUUGGUCAUAUUUGAUUAUUUUUGUCAUUUGUCAGCUUGAUCUUCCCCGAAACCAAUUUUUUCUGGCACCAUUUGGCUAACAGCCGUUACAUUAAGAAGAAAACUUUGGUAUUUUUCAACCUGGGCCCAAUAUUCCCAUGUGCUUGACUGAUAAAGAGAGAAAUUUCUGAUAUUGGUUCGGCAGCUGUGAAACCAGCUAAAACAUAGUUUGACCAGGCAUUACACAUCACCAAACUGUGUCCACUACAAGUGAAGAAGAAGAAAGAGAAGAACUUUAUUUACCCCCAGAGGAUAAUCCAAUAUUUAUUUAUUUAUUUAACCACCUACAGGCUCAGAUCCUAAUUACAAGUAGCUGUCCAUCCACUUGUGCCGAUUUGUGACUCCUCUGCUGUCUUCCUGCAAGACGUCAGACUGACACUUCAACAGAGAGAUCUGGUUGUACAUAUUUCCCCUGUUAAAGUUGUUAAACUGUUAAAAAUGAUGGGCGACAUGACAGCUCUGCAGAGUUAAAGCCAAACAUUUAAAGCUCCUUCUUCUGACAGGCUGCAGCUCCUGUGAGGAGUUACUCAAACGCUUUGUGAGAGGGUGGGUUUCAGUGCAGUUAUAUUGACGCUGUAGUUGGAUGAUUGGGUCAGCAUUGUCAAGGUUUGAUCAGGGUACUGGACCCUCACCUCAAAAUGAAUCUUGCAGGAGUCAUCGCACAUGCAUGUGUCAGAAGUUUUGCCGCUUUGCUCUAAUUUCCAUGAGAUCUGUGUUUCCAAUUUGAGGAUGACUCAGUGCAGUUUGCAUUGACUCAGCUUUGUUAACACCAUCACAGAUGUGACUGUCUACCCACCCCUUAUUCUCCCUUUCCCUCCUGUUUCCUUUCACUGUCUUUUUGUUACAUCUCCUCUCUGUCUGCCUCUUUUAUAUGAAUGCCAUUUUUCUUUCCUCCCCACUCUUCACCAUUUCCACGCAGCACUGUUUGUGCCAAUUUGUCUGUCUGUCUGUCUGCCAUGCUUAUCUCUCUCUUUUCCCCUCCCUGCUUCAGUCUUUUCAUGUCGUCUCAUCCCUCUCUGCCGUCUGUCACAGCAGCGUUCGGAAAGUAAACGUCCCUGAUUGACUCAGUUUGUCCUCCCGUCUGUCAGCCUGAGAGAAAAGAAAGCUGCGUGUUCGCAAUCAGGGACACUCUUUCUCUCACCGUGAGCUUGAUAGUGCUGCUGUGUCUCACAGGCAAGCAGAUACUCACACAGAGAGAGAGAGAUACACACAGAUAUGAAAAAAGCACCUUAUUGAGUCAUCAUAAGGAUCAGGGGAUUUGAUGAGUGUGUAUAAAAGGAGGGAACUCCAUGGGUAAUCCCUCUUUAUCGGACAAUCAUGACUGUUCAGUGAGAGGAGAGGAACAAAGGUGGCUCGUGACCAGAUUUGACAAAAUCUUUGCUAACAAGACUGAACAAGAAAAAACGAAAUGUAAGUAUUAAAAUAAAAUAAAUUUGCAUGAGAAGAAAGGUCAUGCUGUCACUCCAAGUGAAACUCUGACCUUACACAGGUGCAGCUGCAAAAGUUACAACAUCCCAGAAAAGUUCGUUUUAAUCCAAAAAGUGAAACGUCCAAUUAUUCAACAUUCAUCACACACAAAGUAAAAUACUUUAAGAUUUUUUCAGUUUGAAACUUGAUGAUUAUGGCUCACAGCUCACAAAAAAAAUCUAAAAUCCACUAUCGCAGAACAUAAGGGUAUUGUGGAAAAGUCCAGGUUCUUGUCAGGUAUUUCCACUCAUCAUCUCUUUAUAACUGAACAACACGAGAUUAACUCAUCCUUCAUUAUUUCACUCUAGUUCAGUUCACACAACCACAAUCAUGGCUCAGACUGCUGACUGACAGUUGUCCAGAAGAUGACUGGUGACCCCCUCCAUAAAGAGGGUCAACCACAGAGGGUGGGUGUUCACAGAGUCUGUGUGGAAGCAGAUUCAUGGAAAGUUGACUGAAGGGAAAACUAAAGAAAAGGUGACCAGGCAACAGGGAUGAUCGCAACCUUUGAGGGAUUGUCAAACAAAGCCGAUUCAUGAACUUAUGGGAGCUUCACAAGAAUCAGACUGAGGCUGGAGUCAGAGCACUUUUAGCCACAACACACAGGUGAGUCCAGGAAAUGGACUACAAAUGUUAUGUCCCGACUGUCGAGACACUCCUGAAUCAGAAGAGUCUCACCUGGGCGAAGUAGAAAAAGAACUGGACCAUUGCUCAGUGUUUCAAAGUCCUGCUCUCAGAUGAAAGUUAAUUUUGGAAAUCAAGGUCCCAACGUCUGGAGGAGUAUUUGAGAUGCAAGGUGCUUGAAGGAGAUUUUAGAGACCUUCAUAUUUCCAUUAGCCGAGAAGCAUUAUGAAGGUACAGAUUUCCUUUUCAGCAGGACCUUGUACCUGCCUACAGUGCCAGAACUAUCGGAAACUGGUUUAUGGACUGUGGUAUUACUGCACUUGAUUGGCUGGUCAACUCACCGGAUCUGAACCUCAUAGAAAAUCUCUGGGGUAUCACCAAGAGGAAGAUGAGAAACACCAGAGCAACAACACAAACAAGCUGAUGGAGCCACCUAGACAUAACUAAAGUAGGAUAGUAUGAUACCACACUGCCUAACCUUUUCUGAGUCAGAAAGUGAGCAUUUAUUUUAGUAAAAUAUGACUGUUACAGCUGAAGCCAGUUGGAAGCUGACAGGAGUUUCUCAUGUGUUCUGCCAGCCCAUCAAAACAGUCCUCGUAGAAGAUCAGUUUGAGCCAGUUUUUUAAUUAAAGCCUGAAACCUGAAAUACUAAUGUGUCCAAAACAACAAGCUGUGAACAAACUUCAAAAAUAUAAAUUAUGUAAAAAGAGAAUUUUUCAACAUCUUUGCAGCAGGGAAAUUGUCCAAAACCAGAUGUUGUGCAAAUGUCCAAUUUGCAAAGUACAACUGUAGAACAAAAUGAAGAGACCCUGCAGAAAUAUUUCCUCUCUGGAUUUACUUUUAUGAUUAUUUUACUGUGUUUAACAUGUCUCCUAACUUACAAAUCAAAAAUUCAUCAUUGAAGGGGCUUAUCCAAAACUGCCUCCUACACUCUCUCCCCUCUGUUUGUGUGUUGGCGUGGAGGGUCCCCCACACUGAGUGCCAUUCAAAACCUCCCAGCAUUGAGUAAGAGUGGUUUGUUAGAUACCCUCUGACAGUGAGUUAGCACCGAGGCUUGCUUUCUGACUAGGUGUUAACGCCAUUUAUCGUUCAUCACAGGAGACGCUCUGUGAAUUUAAGCUUCAUGUUGCAGCCUCGCAAAGAGAAGCUGCUUCUGUCAAGAUAAAACAUCAAAAAGUUACUCGGAGGAGGGUCCAAUGACUGGUAUUUUCAAUGUUAAUCUCUGGAUCUGUCACUACAAGCAACCACAUUCACCAAAACAUGUGCCGUCUUGGUUAUUUGAUCCACCGAGAGUGUGAAAUACUCCUGGAAUUUCAAUAUUCUCAGGUGUUUUCUUAACCAAAUAAAGCCCAGUGUGAUAAUCCUGUAAAUUUCCACAAGCUCAUAAAAGGGUUUGCGUUAUCAGCACUGGCACACUACCUGAGGUCGGAAACACUCAUUCUGACCUGCGGCUCCUCUGAAAACCAAUCUAUUUAACAGGAGACAGGACCUGAGAGAUUCAUCGGUUCAUCUCUUACAGAGCCCGGGGAAAAGGGACUUGGUCUAUUUAAAGGCUCUGCGUCCCCUGAGGGACUUUCCACUGAAGAUAGGCUUUCUAAUAAGUCUGAGAAUCUGAGAAACUGUUGCUUCUUACAUGCCCACACUGGUUCUUCUCUCACAUUGUAACUCCACAGUGAAUACGAUCAAUGAUGGUGUGUUAAAGUGUUAAUAGGAGUGUUUUCCCCUCUCAGUUGUGCUGUUCUGGUGCCUGCUGGACAUCGUGCCAAUUAAGAACGAGAAGGGGGAUGUGGUUCUCUUUCUGGCCUCAUUUAAGGACAUCACUGACACUAAAGCCAAAACCAUCCAGGAAGACAAGAAAGAAGGUCAGUAUGUGUUAGUUUGUGUGAGAGGGAUGUGCUGUGUGUUUUCUGUUGUAAAAGCAUCAUUAAGCUCCACUGUCGAACAAGAGGAGUGGUGAAAUGCUCAUCCUAGUUUUUGAAACAUCACAACACCACAGAUUUGUAACGGAGCUCAUUAUUAGAAGAUUUAUUUUUGUUCCUCCAAUCAAACAGUUCCUUCUUAAUUUGUCGACUUCUUUUGUUUUUACAGGAGACAUUUUAAAAUGAUUAUAAUUUGCUGCAUGGAUAACGUUACAAAUAGACCUUUUUUAGAGGCUCUUACGCUUAUUGCCAUUUCAGCAUGAGAUAUUUCUGCAUUGAGUUCAAUCUAAACAGGGCUAUGCUUGUUUUUGGUUAUUAAAAAGCACAGUCAGCUCAGGUGUGACAAUACGAGGCAAAUGGGACACGCCGCAGUAUUACCCUGUUGCAGAGUUCAGUGUGUGAGCGCAGAGGCAUGAUGGUGGCAAAGAUUGUCCCUGCGCUGUCGUGAAAAUUGUGCUUUGAAAGAGACUUUUGAUGUCUCCUAAAAAGAAAAUUGAUGAUUAUGUAUUAACCUUUAACCCCAGUAAGUGAGACCAAAAUAUUCCUCUAACCUCGGCCAAGUGAUUUCAGUCCCUCAACCAAUCUUGAAAGGUUUGUCCUGCUUCAUUAGUAUUUUAGUAUUUUUCUGUUAUAGCAGGUACGUUCAUUUAGAUCAUUUGUUGGUAUUAUAAAAUAAAAUAAAACCCGAUUCGAUCCAUGUUUGUCCAUUUCUGCGCUAAUCUGCGUUUUAAGUGCAUAGCACCAAUGUCAGUAAGAGUCACAAGACUGAGGAUUUCUCAUGUUGAAUAAAGAAUUAUUGAUUUUCUACAUCCAUAAUGAUCUCUGACAGACUCUAAUUUAUCGGCUGAAGCUCUGGCUCUGCUCAUUUUGGUGUUUUUUUUUUCCUUUGGAUGUAGUUAAAUGAAAUACAAUCUAGCCUUAACACUGAACAUUUUAUUUUAAAAACUAACCAGAUAUUUUAAUGUUAUUUUUUACAAGAUAACAUGAACCAAAAGAGCUAAAGUUUCCCUUUUUUCUUCCUUUGGAAUUCCUAUUUAUGAAGUGAUCUCCUGUCUCCUAAAGCUUUAAUAUGCUCAUUAGCAAGUGGUAGGGAGCAGGAAAGAGGCACACGACUGACACGAUUAUCAAGUAGUUGGACAAGCUGACAAAGAAGGUUGGCUCGGUAAGAGGCAAGAGUUCGGACUUACUCAAGUGGAGAGACGUGGGUGACUGUACUUGACAGCGUUAGUCACCUUCUACGUGACAUGGCAGGACAGUGAAACAGCUGCAGUGGACAUGAAUAGGACUAAGAGGUUCGGAGGAUCAGUCGUUUUCUCUGCCAGUAGACUUUACACACUAUUACAGUCAAUGACUGCAGCCCAUAAACAGACUUUUAUUCCUUGUUUAACAUAUGUUUGAACUAUGGUAAUAUAUCUGAAUUUGCCCCAGGGGAUGAAGGAAGUAUCUAUUGAUCCAUAUAUCUGCCAUGUUUCAGUGAUGUUUCCCAGUAAACAAAGGUCAAAUGUGUGUUUGUGUGUUUGUGUGUAAGUCUGAUAAGUCUGCAAAUUGACUUUUCUUGUCUCAGGUCAGAUUCCCCAGGAUUUGCCUAAUUACUGUUAUUACUGUUAAAAAGCAGAAGCAAGAAGCAGAGAGCAGAGUCCUUUUUGCUCGCAUAGAGAAAACCUUUCAUUGAAUCUAAAAGCAAAUAAGCCGAUUCAGCAGAUCUGUAGACAGAGGAACAUGCUGCACUGUAUUAGUUUUCUGCUCCGACAAGUUUUUCAAACAAAACUAUACCCGCACAGUGUCACUGGAAAUACAUUUGGCGCCACAUUCAGCGGGGAUGUCUCCUGGUAUUUGAUGAUGACCAAAAAACAAAUUGGCUGUAGAGAAAAGUAAUCAGCUAUGAUGCAUAAAAGGACAUAACCUGGAGAUUAGCAUAUUUUGACAUCAGCAGGGUAUUUCUGUCCAUGCAGGGGGAAGCCUUUCAAGGGCAGAUAACAGCUUUGGAUGUGUCCCAGUUCGCUCUGUGUCUGAUGAAUGUGCACAGAGUGUCCAUAAAACAAGUAAAAAUAAAAGCAUUAACUUUUAAUGACGUCCCCUCUUUUAUGUCAAGAUCAUUGAAGUUAAGUUUGUUAGAGUCUGAUACAGCCAAAGGGCGGAUCAAAAAUAGGCCAGGUAUGAGCAAUAACUGCAAAAAUAUCAUGAAGAAGUCAAAUACACAACAUGAAACCAUUAGAAACAGUUGAAUUUUAUAAUAAAUGACACUAUUGCUUGUAGAUUUAUUUGCUGUGUAUGUCUGCUUUGACUUUCUCAAUAUCUUUUUUUAAUCGACGGAGUCCCACAUCCAGCUUUACUCCACGCCCCCUCUGUUUUUCCUGCAUUUCCUCUUUUCUAUAUGUACACACCUCUAUACACCCCUUUAUUGAAAAAUGGCCAUGAAAGCAGGGGGAAAUUCAUUAGGCCCAGAUCUAAAAAUAAACAUGACUACACCUCUGUGCUCCUGCCGUGUCGCGUCCCCCAAGGCUGCACAGAGUUAUGGAUGGCCCUGUCUGUUCGCCUAGUCUGGGGUCCGUGCACACACUCACGACACACCACAGCACGCACACUCUUUCUAAAGGACACUCAAAAGCAGUUAUCACUUCUAUUCUUCUGCUUUGUUAUUGCUGUUAUCCCCCCUCCAGGCAAUCUGGCCUUGGUCCUUUCCUGUGGGUGCACUGUAGUUAAAAUGGGGUCCAGAGCCCUACGGCGAUAAAGCGUCACCUCCUAUUACCCAACUGCUUCCUCUCAACUCAUCACUCCUGCACAAUCUACUUCAUCUACAACUAUUAUACUCUAAAAAGACACACACACACAUAAUCAUGGUGCACAAAACACCCACUCCAGCUGCAAUGGACAAUAGAAAAUCCCACCAAAACUGCUCCCAUCACAGCUGAGGAUUGCAUGGUGUUUUCAUAAGAAGACAUUAAAAACCAAUAUUUGUGUCUAAGUAUGUGAAUAAAAGCAGAUACCAAAAACACUCCUACAAAAGCAAAAUAAAUGAUAAUACUUUUUUGUUGCUUUUCUCUGAAUUUGUGCAAUUUGCUCAAAAUUGACACAUUCUCCCUGCUGCAUAUUCAGGGCCGUUAUUAUGUAUUUCAUCAGGCAUAAUGACGGAUCCAGUCAUCAGCCGUUUCCCUCAGGGGGUAAACUAUUGUAUGUGGGAUGUGUUCUAACUAUUGUGUGUGAACCUGUGUUUACAGAGCGGCGGCGCGGCAGGGUGAAAACAGGCCCUCCAUUCAGCUCGGCUCGGAUGCGGAGCAGCACGGUGCUCUACCACAUCUCUGGUCACCUCCACAGCAGAGAGAAGAGCAAGAUUAAACUCAACAAGGUAUCAGCUGACACUCCAAACAACAGAGUGGGAUGUGUUGUGUGAUGGGGGAUCACACUGAAGUGGGAAAGGGUGGGCUGGAGUGUGAGAAGAUUGCUGCUUUAUUAAAGCACAGUGGAUAAAAUAAUGAGAAGGACGGUGCCCAGAUGGAGAAAGAUUAGUAAACAAAACUCUUUGUUGAAUGUCCCAGACCUUUAAUUUUACACUUUAAAGCUCCUGUGAGGAGUUUUAGCACCUGUGAAACACACUGAAAGUCACAGUGAUGCUUUUUUAUGAUGACCCAAAGACAAACAAAACCAGAUACAACAUGACUGAUGACUUAUCUAUUGUAGUUUUUAAUGCCCAAGAUCAGAGCAAGGGGGUAGGUGUCAGCCUUAAAGUUUCUCAUAGGAGCUUUAAAUGAGCACAAACAUCAUUUAUACCAUUUUUAAAUGUUUUUUGAUGUUCUCUUAAAGUUGCUCUUUUACUCUCAUGUUGCCUAAUUUUACGAUGUGAAAGUAUGACAGUCAAGAGCGUUUUGUUCUAGUGUCUGGAGCGUGUUAUAAUCCUGUUUUUUUGCACUGGCAUUAACUUGGUUUAUUUUUUUUGGCAUAGACUGUAUAUAGAAAGCUAUAGCAAGAACAGCACCCUCUGGUGACAGGCUGCAGUAUAGGUCAUAAAUCCGGCCUCCUCCAGCAAUUCCUAUGGAGUUGUUGACAAACUUUAGAAAUGAAUUACACAGAAUAUAACUUUUUCUCCCCCUGGUUGUGAUGUUGACAUGUAGUUACUGUAAGACUGGUUUGUGCUCAAGUCCUCUUUUUUCUGUGCAGCUCCAUUUUUAUAAGUUCAGGGAUCCUCCUGCUCUGCCAUGUUUUCUGUGAUUGACACUUGAUACAGCCUAUGGGUGUACAAAGAUUGCCUAGCUCACCUGGGGGAUACGCUGUUUGAGCCAAGCGUCAUCACAGCGACUCUCAGCAACUCUCCCGCUGAAUGCGCACAAUGCUACUGCGCAAGUGGUGGAAUGCGUACAACACUACUGCACAAUGUUGGUUUCAGGAAGUGGAAAAAAAACUGUAAUUACAGAGAGCUUUUUGGCUUUAAAACCGUAUACUGGCGGAAGGUGAAACCAAAUGCUCCAUAGUAUGUACAAUCUAUGUUUUCUACGCUGUGCACACAGGCUCAAAGAUGAGGCGGGCUAACAACACAAAGUGAACAAAAGUCCAAAGCUUCCUCUGCUGUUUCAUUUAUUCUGUUUUCUUGUCCAGAAUGUGUUCGGGGAUCCUCCUGCUCUGCCAGAGUACAAAGUAGCAGAUGCCAAGAAGUCCAAAUUCAUCUUACUUCACUACAGCACCUUCAAAGCUGGCUGGGAUUGGCUGAUUCUCCUUGCCACUUUCUAUGUUGCCGUGACGGUGCCAUACAACGUGUGUUUCAUCGGAGACGAUGAUGACUUAACGCGCAGCACAACCGUCAGUGACAUCGCAGUGGAGAUACUCUUCAUUAUAGGUUGGCGGCACAGUGCAGUACCACAUCAUUUAAAAGAGAUUUGAACUAAAUUAAUUAUAAAUAAAAAACUUUUAAUUCUUUUUUCUCCCUGUUUUUCUUUCAGACAUUGUUUUUAAUUUCCGCACAACUUACGUCAGCAAGUCGGGUCAGGUAAUCUUUGAUGCUCGGCAGAUCUGCAUCCAUUACCUGACUACGUGGUUCAUCAUCGACCUGGUGGCUGCGCUGCCCUUUGACCUGCUCUAUGCCUUUAAAGUCAGCGUGGUGAGUAGCUAUCGGCCUGUAACUGAAUCCCUUAGGGUUAGAUAUGGAACACAAAGCAUGAGCUACUGUACGUUCAGACUGUAAAUCAUGUGUUUUUGUUGGUGACUGCGACUGACUCCCAAAAUCUUUGAUAUGGAUUCGAGCGUUCAAGAGUCGGAGAGGUGGUCGACAUCAGAAGAGAAUAGAUAAGGACACAUUUCCUUUAGCUGAUAGAACACGACUUUAACACGAGAAGUUUCAUGAUUGAUGUAUUUCCUUGUGACAGAGACCCUAAACCUGUCAACACGUAGUUAUAUUGUGAAUUACAUCACCUCCAGGGCAUCUGACAUUUCAUGAGGAUAGAUUGCAUGAGAGUGUUUCCAGCACUGCUCCGGCGCCUCUUUGAUGCUGCGUAUUGAUUCCUCUUACUGUACGAGCGCUGAGAAACAAUCAAACCUGCAUCAUUAAAACCUUUUUCUGUUCUGCUUGAGUCAAACACAUGGCCCCCUUAAGAAUAGUUGAACAGAGGGAGAAACUGAGAUGUGAAGCAAUUACGUCGACUUUUUCUGGCCUUGUCCCCGGCUGAAUGAUAUCACCCGGUGAAAGGACUACACUACAGGGAGGGUUUGAGUGGCUUCUUAUGGUUGUUGUUUUUUUCCUUUUGGUCUCUAAAUUAGAGAAAGAAAUGUUUUGACUGCCUUUCAGGUUGCCUUUCACUCUCACCGACCCACAAAAACAGGAGUCAAAGUGUCCAAUAUACUGUAUGAGUGCAACUGUGGACAAUACACAAAAAUCUAUUUGUCCUUAAAGUAUCCUGUAAAAGGAAAACCAAACUCUGCCUCUUUUUAUAAGGACAGGAUGAAAUUGUAGAGAGAAGAGGAAGGAUAAGUGCAAAAAAGUUGUAACUGUUGGGAAAAAAAGUGACAGAAACAAAGAUGAGUGUGGAAAAAGCAGGAGUGGCCUAAAACCUUCUGUGACAGAUGGAGAGGAUACCGUGGUGAAGGUUUUGGCACAAUGACAGCUUUCUCCAGGUGAAGGUGCCAGUUUGGUACAAGACUCGAUUAAUGGAAAUACCACGCCAUCCCACUAGCUCAGGGAUUGGUUGCAGGGCCGCUGGGCACAUAACUUCCCCCACUCCUGCGGCUGGGGAGGGCGUGAAUUGCUGGUGAUUGCAGAGCAUCCUGUGCAAUGUCCCCUCUGAGGACACAGCAUUCACACCGAUGUGGACAGAAACCAUCCUUCACCAAAAUGAGCCAAGGGGCCUCUGCAGUGUCCUUCCCUGGUGUUCUUUUCUCUUUUAUUCAUUUAUAUCCAUCCAAUUUCAAUCGGUUGUUCAUGUUUUUUAAGUUUUCUUCUUGCUUUGUUAAAGUUUUCAAAGACCUUGAAAUCAGGGAGGACAUCAAUGAGAGUUUUAGAUCAUUUAUUAAACAUAUAAAAAGUUCAUGUUUCAUAGAAUAGAAUAGAAUAGAAUAGAGUAGAAUAUUCCUUUAUUGAUCCCCCAUGGGGGAAUUUUUUUUGUCACAGCAGCAUCACAGACAGAGUGCAAAAAUGCAGUUAUAAAAAUAAAGAUCCUAAUAUUUAGAACUUAAAUAAAUGUAAUAAUUAAGAAAAAAUUUAGAAAAAGGGAGAAGAAAAAUAAAACUAUCUACAAUAUACACAAUUUAAAUGCCAGAAAAAAGUGGUGGUGUAAAUCCAGUUAUUAUUACAGUUCGUUGUAAAGUCUUAUUGCAGAUGGGAAGAAUGACCUACGGUAGCGCUCCGUCCUGCAAGGUGGAAGUCUCAGUCUGCUGCUGAAGGAGCUGCUUAAAGCCCCCACAGUCUGGUGCAGUGGGUUUCUGUAACUUAUUAAGUAAUGCCCGCAGAUUCCUCAUUCAAAAAUAAGAAUCAAUAAAAAAAAUUACCUUAUGCUUGUAAACAGGUGUGUUUUAAGAAUUCCAACAAAAGAAGAGUUGUUCUAAUGCAGAGUUUCUCAUAAAUGACAUUAUAAAAUAGAAAAAAAGAGUAGACUAGAAUAGAAAAGAGAAGAAAAGAAAAGAAAAAAAGGGAAGAGAAGAGAUAAGAAAAAAGAAAAGGAAAGAAGCUGAGGUGAGGAAAACUUACUAAAAACUGGCAGAAAAGAAGAACCAGACCCAUCAGUAGAAGGCCAUCUGCCUCAACUAGAUUUGCAUAUGAGUAAAAAAAAAUCGCAAUGUAUAGAGACAACAUUUAGGGCAACAACAGCAGAGAGUAAUACAGACUAAUGGCAACAGCAGUUUUAAUGAAAGUCAGAUUGUGUAUAUUUAUGAGCAACACUAGUCUCCUAUAGUGAUUAUGUCUUCUUGGUCCAUAAGGACCAAAUGCAGCAAUUUUGUUAUUGAGUACUGUGAGUGCUGCGGUUAUUACUGAAGCUGCUAAGAAACCUCCACCCAGAGGUGUAGUUAGUAUUGGAGAACAGGGUUGUGCAUGCUCAACACUGCUGCAUGGAUAAAAAAAAAAAAAAAAAAGAAAAGAAAAAAAAAAGAAAAAACUCAACCAGCCACACUGUUGUGAUUGGCUUGUAGGGCUGACAGUAAGGCUGCAGGGGGAGAAAUAACGAGCGUUUCUGUAAAGUUAUAGUCUCGUGCUCAAAUAGCGCUUCAGAAAGCUGAGGGGAGGUAAGCAAUCAAGUCGCUGAUUUAAAUUUCACACCUGACGAGCAGAAGAAAUACAGACAUGAGGGAGAGGGAGAUGUUGAAGGAGAGAAAGAGGCGUGCGUGUGUGUGUGUGUGCAUCGUCAGAUAUAUUACAUUGCUUACUGCUCAGACUUCUGUAGGGAGGAUAGGAUGUAGCACACAGUCUGCUCUCUCCAUAGGUGGGUUACGGGUUGGUGAUAGAUGGUGGAGAGGAGAUGGAGCCUCUCCCCAGGGCUCGGUAGGAGGCUUCAUUACCCCUCGUGCUGGGCCAGUUUUCUAUUUCUCACUGCAAGAGUGGGGAAAAAAAGACAUAAAAUGUACUAGAGACACAUGCAGGAGCAGCUCUGUUAAGGACAGUCCACUCCUCUCCUCCUCUUUGCUUUGCUUUACUGUGUGAAUUGUGUAAUCUGUUCGCACAUACACUCCUCCUCUCUCUCUAUCUUCAUCCUUCCUUUCUUACCUACAAGCCCCUUCCUUCUCCCGGUUUUUAUGUCAGCUAUUACCUUAUACCUGAUCUGGUCUAUAGGACUCUUGUCCCACUUUCUCAGCCUCAUACACACACAAAAGUACACACACUACACAAAUACACAUGCAACAUAUAGCCUCGUAGAAGGGUUACAAAUAACCUCCAUGUCCUACAUUCUUCUCAAUAAUAGCUGCUGUGUGUGUGUGUGUGUGUGUGUGUGUGUGUGUGUGUGUGUGUGUGUGUGUGUGUGUGUGUGUGUGUGUGUGUGUGUGUGUGUGUGUGUGUGUGUGUGUGUGUUUCUCCAAUGGGGAUAAACUAUAGUGAGCCCUAACUGAUGAACUGUUGGUGGAGAUAGCCUGGGGAGCAGGUGCUUGAUGGGUGACAUUCACAUAUACUGCACAUAAAUGGCGAUGGGACAUUACGUUGUGUACACAAGGCAGAGUUAGUGAUAGGCAGACAAAAAUAACAUAGAAAAAGGAGAGUUUUAGGUUCUCUUCAUGUUGAUAUAUCUUCAAGACUGGACUUUUCUGAAGGAAACGUUCCAUCCAUUUGCUUAUCUGCCCCUAGGGCUGGGUGAUAUGGGAAAAUGUUUUUCAUAUCAGUCGAUAUCGAUAUAUAUCACAAUAUCAAAAAUGAAAUUUAACAGUGCUUAUUGGUAGCAUGUCUUUUGCAACAAGCUACUGCAUCUGUGAGGUCUUUGUGUCUCUUCGACAUUUUGUCGUAAGGUGUUGCGCUAGAGGAAGCAGACUGAAUGGUCGGCUGUUCCGGCUGCACAGGCACCAUGGGCUCCUUGCUCCACUCAGGGCUUUGCGUGUACUCUGCCAUGUGGCACUGCUUCAGGUGGUGAAAAAGAUUUGAGGUAUUCCUCGACUUUGCAAGAACAUGUACUUGACAUAAUCUGCAGUGCACAUUACUCUGCUUCAUGUCUGACAUCAAAAAAACAAAAUACCUCUACACCACUGAUGUUUUUGUGCCAGUGUGGUCGAUGAUGUCAUCAUCUGUUGAGCCUUCAUCUGCAUUUCUGCCGAGGGUAGCACUCAUUUCCUUUUCUUCUCACUGACAGUGCUGUCAGCUUCAUGUUUUUAAGUGCUAUGGUUGCUUGAAGCUGCAGUCUGCUACUAUGCAGUCAUUUGCUACUUGGUCCUAAUUCAGCACAUGAUUGGUGUGGAACUGGAGCAGCUCCCCUUUUCAUUGGCUAUUCCGAUAGUCUCCCAAAACAUGGCUGAAUGCCGACUAUUGAAUGCUGAUAUUGAGGAAAAUUGAUUUUCGAUAUAUAUUGUUAUCCUUCUUUCGCCCAGCCCUAUCUGUACCCCAGCCAGCCAAUUAGAUAUUAAUCUUGAGAGAGACCCCUUUAAAAAGUAUAUUGAUUUCAUACUUUUACUAAGUUUGUUCUUUACUGUUGUUGUUUGGCUUCUGUAUAUACUUAACUAUUUUGAAGCCUGUGUGUUAUUCACUAUCUACUGUGAAGCUGAGACUCCCCAGAAACAGAUGAAUGGGUGAUCCUCUUAACCAAAAUAUGAUACUGUUUACGUGCAGCCACCUAGAGAGGACAGAUCUGACAUAACAGUCUCUUAAAUUGGACUGUAAGUAUUACAGCGCCUGGAAAAGGAAGUAUUUAAAGAGAGUUGUUUAUUUCCAACUGCCUGAAACACUUGAAUGUCCACAGAGUUGACUGUCACUCCUGGAGGCAUAUCAUCAGAUGAUAGCUGAUGAGUUGAGGGAAUCAUCAGCCUCUUAUGUUGUGGAGAAUUUGUAGCAUGUUAAAGAGCUUUUGUCACUUCAGACAGUCCUGUAUAUGUAACUGUGUGACAGCAUGUGUAUGUGUCUGUGUGGCUCUUCCCAUGAGAGUUAGUGUCUGUCAAAGAGAGACGAUAACAGCCUGCUCUUCAAUUUUAUCUCCCCCCCCCCCCUCUUUUAUAUCUCUGUCUGUCAGAAUUUGCCAUCAGCAACAACAACAAAAAAUCUCAAGACAUAAAAAGGAGGUUUUUGUAGAUGUGGUACAUGAUCAGUGCUUGGUGAAGAUUGAAACAGAUGUAGCCUUCAGGAGCAGGAGAUGUAAAAAGAGAGGCUGUUAGAAUGAAACACUGAGUGAAGGAUUUUACAAAGAGCCCCACACCAGCUGGUCAUACUGCCUCUAUACUCUCUAAACUGUUUGUCAUGUUGUGUUUAAUGCAGAACAUUAGCAAAGUAAGUGAUGAGCACUAGAAUGUUUGUAGUUGUAAUUGGGAUGACAUUGUACAUUUAAUGACGGCUUUCAAACUGUUUUUGUUUUGUUCCAAUGAUGAUUUAAAAGCAGCUAAAAGUGUGCGGUGCUCAAGUCCAACACAUUUGCCAACAGUUACAACAAAGUGUAUCAAAUCGUACUGUACCAUACUAAAUCAUAACACAUCUUUUUGUCUCAUAUUGAAUAUUAGUGUUACCCACUAUAUAGUGUUGUAUCACAGGAUAUAGUACAGUGUGGUGUGGUAUUGCAUGAUAUGGUAUGUGUGACUAUAUAUUAUUGUAUGAAAUAUAAAAUUGUAUGAUAUUUAUUGUUUUGGAUCAUACAGUGUUGGAUCAUAUCAUAUAUUUUUGUAUCACAUUGUAUUAUAUUGUAUUGAAUCAUAUCGUAUGUAUCCAAAAUGAAUCAUCCAUCCAUCCAUUUUCUACCGCUUAUUCCCGUUCCCGGGGUCGCAGGGGGGCUGGAGUCUAUCCCAGCAUCUUUGGGCAAAGGCAGGGGACACCCUGGACAAGUCACCAGUUCAUCGCAGGGCUGACAUAUAGAGACGAACAACCAUUCACGCUCACAUUCACACCUAUGGGCAAUUUGGAAGUGGCCAAUUAACCUAACCCCACUUAGGCAUUUUUUGGGAUGUGGGAGGAAACCGGAGUACCCAGAGUAAACCCACGCAAACACAGGGAGAACAUGCAAACUCCACACAGAAAUGCCCUGACCCAGAUUCAAACCCAGGACCUUCUUGCUGUGAGGCGACAGUGCUAACCACUACACCACUGUGCCGCCCCCCAAACUGAAUCAUAUCAAAUCAUAUUGUAUCUAAUGGAAUCAUAUCAUACCGUAUAUUAUGGUAUCAAAUUGUGUCUUAUCAUAUUGUCUUGGCUCUCUCAGUAUAGUAUUGUAAUGUAAUAUAGUAUCUUAACGUAACUGUAUCACUUUGUAUUGUAUUGAACCAUAUCAUACUGGGUCGUAUCUUGUUGUAUCGUAUUGUCUCAUUAUUUUGCUGAAACUCAUUGUAUUGUAUCUGACUGUAUCACAUAGUAUUGUUUCAAAUUGUAUUAAUUAGUUGAUUCAAGUUGUAUUAUAUGACAUUGUUUUUGUAUCGUAUUGUCUGAAAUCAUACCAUUUGUUUCCUAUUGUGUCAUAUCAUAUCAUACGUUUCAUAUCAUAUCAUUCACAUUGUUCAUUUUGUAUCAUAUCGUACUGUAUCACAUCUUUUAAGAUAAGAUGAGAUAAGAAGAACUUUAUUAAUCCCCAAAGGGAAAUUCAAUAUUUUGUUUCAUAUUCAUAUUGUAUCAUAUCAUUUGUAUCAUAUGGUAUUGUAUCGUUCAUUUGUAUUGUAGGUUUUGUUUUGUAUCUUAUCGUAUCAUAUUGUAUCCUUUGUUUGGUUCACUAUCAUAUCGCAUCGAUUGUACCAUGUCAUAUCUAUCAGAAUAUCUUGUACCAUACCAUUAUGUAUAUCAGAACAGUGUUUUUUUAAUUACCAAUACAAGAUGUUUUAUUGGGAGCAAAUGAUUAUUACGCUACAGGUUGUGCAUCUGUUUUAAAUAUAUCAAUCCCCUGAAUUCACCUCUAAAUGAUUCUUUCACUUGUUUCCUCCUCCUCCUUCUUCUUUAUCAGGUAUCUGUGGUCCACCUGUUGAAAACAGUCCGUCUGCUCCGUUUACUACGGCUGCUCCAAAAGAUGGACCGCUACUCUCAGCACAGCACGGUGGUCCUGACGCUGCUGAUGUCUAUGUUUGCCCUGUUGGCCCACUGGAUGGCAUGCAUUUGGUACAUCAUCGGCAAAAUGGAAAUGGAGGCCAACGCCUACAACUGGGAUAUCGGUAAGUGCAGACAAUGACACCAAGUGGUACCCUUAAAUCUAUAUUUAGUUCAUGUCGUUUCAAGUAAAUGAAGAACUGCAGUGAGACACAAAACAUCAUUUGUCUCAGUGCUAGAGGUGAUUAAAGCCAGAGGGGAUAUGUAUGUGGUAUCUAUUAACUUUUGAUUAAAUGCAGAUUUCUGUGCGCUGAAUAAAAAAGAAAAAUAUGGGUCUCUGAUUUAAUACCUAAAUUAAAUAAAAGACUUUCUGUAGCAUUAACUCUAACUCACAAACCCUGCGUGUCAACCAAAUAUAUACUACAAAAAGCAGCUAAUUUACCGAAAUGUCACUUUAUCGCUUUGAAUUAAUUGGAAGAACAUUAGGAAGAUAAUAGUUUUGUAAUUAAUCCACCUCAAGGGCAAUCAGGAGGCACUUUGUCAUGUUUUAUCCUCUGAAGGGGCAGACACUAGAGCAGUUUUUCAUGCAUUUCCCACUGAAAGGGUAUCAGAGAGGGCAUUUUAAUGUGCAUUAUUUACUCUAGGAGUACCAAAAAGAGCACUUUCACUGUGUUUUUUCAGACACGAGGGCAGCAGGAGGUUGAGGGGAGAUGCAUAAAGCUAACGGAACUUGGUAUUAAUCACCAUAGUGCUAGAUUUGGAUGGAGGGUGAUAACCAGUGGAAGCCUUUGUAUGAGAAGUGACUGUAUCUCAGUAUGGCAGCAGUAUGCUUCAGCUUUGGUGAAAUUGCUUUGUGGAUUUUACACCUGCGCUUUUUAAAAAGGUUUUUUUCAUGUUUUGAGCACAUCAGUACCACAGAUUCAGUCUCCCCUUGCCCUCCCUUUUCUUUUCAGCUUCUGGUUUCCCCUGAUUUAAUUUCUGCUCUACCUCAAAAAUCCCAUUACGUGUUGGUUUGGUAGAUUUUUCACUGCCGUGGUGGAUUGCAGUUUUAUAGAUCAUCGUUUUUAAAUCAGGCUGAUGUGUUGAAACACUACUGAAGCAUGAAGCCAUCUUAUUAGUCUUCAGGUCAGAGCUGGGUGUAUGUUUUUAUCAUGGACCUCAUCUAACACAGUCAAGUCAGAUGUUGGCGUGAAACCAGCAUUUAAGAAGUAUCUAUAAGCAAACACUUCACAUGGGAAAGGUGCAAUCAAAUGUUUGCUGGUGUAGCUCUGUAGUGAGAUGUCACCCUUCAUAGAUCCUUAAAGAUUUGUGUUAUUGUGUUGAAAGCUGCUGUAUAGUAACGCUGUAAAGGGCUCCUCGUAGUGUCAUAUAAUGGAGUUUGUGUUUGCUGAGUCCUUAAAUAUUUCAGUAAACACCCAAAUUAAGUCCAUGAUUCCCUCAUUGAUUUAUUGACUUCUGGGACUGCCAUAAAAUAUGCAUAGAAUGACAAAUGUGACUCAUCAGUUGUGUGUGUAUUUGUAUGCAGGUGUGUGUGUGUGUGUGUGUGUGUGUGUGUGUGUGUGUGUGUGUGUGUGUGUGUGUGUGUGUGUGUGUGUGUGUGUGUGUGUGUGUGUGUGUGUUGUAAAACCGUCUGAGCGAGUGGCACAGAUCGUCUGGUAAUUCCCCCACAGCCUCCAGGUCCCUGGUAUAAUGAGGCCCCCUGGGCUGAUCUCUGGUCAGUAUCGAUGAGCUGCUCUGCCUGCAAUUACCUCACUCUGGUGUCUCUCUAACUGGUUCCGGGUCAGCAUUGACUGGGUCAUGAGAACAAUGCAGAUUCCCCUUCACCAAUUACUGCAUUUCAGUGUCAUAAAAUAACAGGUCAGUGCGUGAGGCAGGAUUAAUGUGUUGUAUCCUAAUUAUGCGUUUCUGAUGCCGAACUGAGCGUUGAAGUCGGGCAGCUGUGAGGGGCUUCCAUCCAAUUACCAUUCAUCAGUGUCUGCAGGAGAGUCUCCGGGGAUCAGCAGCAUGUUUCCACACUGUACUGACCAGGGAUCAGUCCUGUUUCCCAAGCGUCUCAUCUGCUUAAUUGUCAAAUCCAUUGUUUUGGGUGGAGGAAAAGCCCUGUUUACUGCAAUUUGAAAAUAAGGAAGCAGUGCUGUCAGAUUUAUCAGCAUCUGCAUGCUUGACUGCAUUGAGCAUUCAGAAACACACUGCGGGUCAUAAAAAAAGUCCAUCUGUCUUAAAGAAAAUAAUUAUAAUCAAAAAGUCUCCAUACAUUCUUUUGGGAGGGCAGAUAUUAGUUAAAAGAGUCAAAGUUUUCUUUCUUCUUUUAAUUUCUGAAAAGUUUCCUUCCAGUUUGACUCUUAAUGACCAUUUUUGUAUCAGGCGAGUGUUUUGAAACUUCAUUAGCUAUUAUUUCCUCUGUCUUAACAUCUACUGUAACCCUGUCUCAUUGUUGGAACAGGAUGGCUCCAUGAACUGGGGAAGCGUCUCGAGUCGCCAUAUUUCGCCAUAGGAGGAAUGAAUGGGACCGGCAGCGGGCCCUCCAUCCGCAGCGUCUACAUCGCCUCUCUUUACUUCACCCUCAGCAGCCUGACCAGUGUGGGCUUCGGGAAUGUGUCGGCAAACACGGACACAGAGAAGAUCUUCUCCAUCUGCGUCAUGCUUAUUGGAGGUACACAAAAUAAACUCAUCAGUCAUUAAGAAGAUGUAGGUCACAUCACUGAAGGUUCACAGCAUUUACAGUACAUGAAGAUAGUUGAGACACCUUAACUUCCACCCUCUGUUAAAACUGGAAAUGUUACCGUAUAUAUUUUUCAGUGAACCUUUCCAACACACAUACAAAACAAUCAACAGGCCGGGCAUUAUUAAAAGGGAAGCCUAUGUGACACUGUAAUUGUAAUUUUAAUAUCUUGGUUAGAACUGCUUGAGGUGCCCCCCACAACAGACUUUCCUACCAACAUAUCAGUUAAUUAUGAUGUCUAGACUUCCUAAUUUCCCAGCAAGAUACAACAUCCUGCAGGAUACUCCAGGUGUGAAGCAUCCCCACCACCACCCCAGGGGGGUAAAGUGACGGUCCCCACAGAAAACAAAAGAUGCCAACAUCAAAGCCCCAUUCCUUGCCCUCCGAGGGACGGUCCUCAAGCAUAAAUUUUCAGGUUUCCCCAUGUUCUGGGUCUUUCUUGAUUCUGACCGCUCGGAUGCGGAUUGACCUUUUCUUUGCAAAGAAAAUGAAACCUUGUCGGCCGGCAAAAGUCUCUAUUUCAUUCUUCACCAGCAGCAACGGAAGAAAAACUUCCAUGACAGACACCUAAAGAAAUGAACGAGGAGAUCACAUCUCCAUCAGACAGGGCCAGUUUUGCACUUCCCCAUAUACAGUGGGGCAUCAAAAACACAUUUAUAACAUGAAUGACUGUGAUUCUUCGGCCCUCAGGUGUCACUGCAUUAAAAACAGACAUGGCUCUGUAGUGGAAGUCACUACAUGGACUGAGGCAUUAGACUAUGGCCUUCUUUUUUGAAAUCAUGGGCACUGCAUCAUCCGCUCCAAAGAGGGGAGGGACCCCCAAUUUAAAACCUGGCAUUCCUGAACUAUAGUAUCACUGAACUAUAUACAUGUUCUCGAGCAACAUAUACGGCCAAGGAGACAAUGUCCUUUUCAGGGAAGAUCUGUGUAAUAUAGCAAAAUGAUGCCAAACUACAUUAAGUAGGGAUGCUAAACUGGUCAGCCUGAAGUCUCAACUUGUCACUAUCUGAACUUGGGCUGCAGCUAUCAAAUAGUUUAGUAAUCGAGAAGUCUACCGAAUAGUCCAUCGAGUAAUCGGAUAAUUAAUCUUUUUUUGGUUAAAGUGCAAUUAUCGCGGAACAAUCGUGGAACAAUCAUGUGUGUUAGCAGAUUGCAAUGCUUGUAAGAAAGCUAAUUAUGAUAUUAACUUUCAUCAUGCCCCUAAAGAGCUUAAUAGCUCCUAUGUUACCUGCUUCUGUGACCACACCAACAAUGUUAGGCUGCAAGCUAGCAUGAAGAGGAGUGUUCAGAGCAGCGCUGUCUCUGCCCACGACUUAGAGGCAAAGUGCUUGUGAGCUACUGGAGCUCUGCAGAAGAAAAGCCCCUCUCAUCAUUCAUUUUUUCUGCCGCGCUUACCAUGGGGACAUAAGCGCGUUGUGUCACCUUGAAAAAAAUCUGUGCAAAACAGUGACGACUUGAGCUUAUAAACGAGUACUCAAGGCAGAGAAAAUUCUUUGAUCAUUUUUUGUAAUCAAGGUACUCGAGGAAUCAUUUCAGCCCUCAUCUGAACAUAUUUGGUGCAUUAUAGAACAAGAAAUAUGACCAUUAACAGAAACACUGAAUUGUGUAAUUUGAACUAAGAGUCAGGCUUGCUGCAUCUAUGGAAAUAAGCAACAGAAAAAAUAGGUGGGUUUGGAUUUAGUGACACAAAAUCUGCAACCAACAUAUUUCUUUCAUUGUUGUAAAAAGUAUCACAUUAUCUGCAUUUUCCGGCUUCACUUUUAAGGAGUUGUUACGUCAUCCGCUUUUCUACAGCCUGUGAGCCACAGUCGGUCUUUGUUUCAGAUGUUGUAAAUAAUUUGGUAAUAUUUACACCAACAGAAACAAUGUUUGUGUUUAAAUUCAAGAGAAACAUCCACAAAAUUUGACCAUUUUCCCUUUCCUGUACCCUUUUUUUGUUUUAUUUAAAAGACAGGUGUGUAAAUGUAGUGCACACAGGUCGCACACACACACACACACUUGAGUAAUAUAAUAACCCAGUGGUAAGUCUACUGUUUAGUAAACAGACCUUUGCAACACAGCCUGAUCCAGUCCAAACCAGAUCUCUGCACUGGGUUUGGUGGUUUUUAGGGAUGAAGAGAGGUCAUCAUGGUGGGGUUUUCCCUGCGGACUCUCUUCAUGCUGCUUCGGCUAAAUGUUAAAUGUCUCCGGCUGCCUGGGGGCAGAAGCAGCCACAGAUGCACAUCACGCAAACACACACACCAUACAACCCCUUGAGUGUAAACACAAAAUGAAAACAAGGGACCUGUUCAUUAUUGCGGAGCAAAGGUCAGAUGAGGUGAAUCUUGGAGAUGAAUUGGAUCACUGCCUUGUUUAAUUAAGUUUUGGUGCAGUCAAAAAUCAUGAAGAGGUGCAUGUAGAAAGAGGAAUGAUUUAAUCUCACUUCAACAUAAAAGCUGAAUUUUCGGCUCGAACUGGCAGACCUCAGAAAAAGGAGUCAGAGGCACUACGGUCACAGUCAGCAUGUGGUCUGUGUGUUUGCUGCUUUCAUGUCUGGAGGUGAGCGACACACCUGCGGGGCAGCUGACCACUGAAUGAGAUAAGUAGAAUUUAUUUUCUGUGGGCAGUCUAUCAUAUGAGUCCAGUCUGCCCCUCUCUACACUGACACUAAUCUGUUCCAGUCUGGAAGGUGCAGAGAAACAAACCAGUAAUGCAAAUUAAACAGGGUGACUCACUAGACUGUUUUUAAACACAUUAUUUACCAUUUGGUUAUAUUUACUGACAGAAAUGUUGAUUUUGAUCCUGCAGGGAUGGUUUUAGGAGGAAUUUGAGGGGCUUACUUGUGCUUAUUUUUUAUAAGUCUCAACAGAGCUUAAAAAUUAGAACCUUAUGAAGCAAAAAGUAUGAGGGAGGGCUGCACAAUAAAUCACAAUCUCAUCUCAAUCAGCAGCACAUCAGAAAUGUCAGUAUUUAUCACAGAGUAACUCAGGGGUUUUAGUGGGCUGGUAUCUUUCGUAUACUGUACCCCUGCUGCUGAAUCUUACCCCAUGGGCUUCUAUGUCCUUUCAAUAGUACCGUUUCUCUUGGGUGGUCAUAAAAGUAGAGGCUCUUGUCAAAAUUCUCAACCUACUGACUUUUGAUGGUGAAAUAUGACACUUAUUUUGACCUUUCCUUGCAGAAAUGAUAACAACAGGCUUUUCUUUUAUCCCCUCGCACCAGAUUUGGGCAUUAAAAAGUAUGACACAGAAAUCAUCAUUGUUGUUAUUUGUGGUUUUGUUUGCUCAUAAAAAAAACAUUGAUUCAACUUUGAGUUUAUUUCAUAAAUGUCAAAAAACUCCUUGUAGGAGCAUUAAAAGCACAAGCCCCGUUUAGAGGUGUUGUGUUGUCUGUUAUUUAAUACAGAGUAAAAGGCUUUGAGUGAGAUGGGAUCAGUUUUGAUUUACUAUAGAGUUGCUGGAGAUCCAUAAGAGCAGCUUCAAGUGGUUAAUGUCAAGUUUCAUUCUGCAAAACAUCUUUUGCUUUUUCUAUGUAAGGAGCAAAAAACGGGAAGUUGGUAUCUGAUCUCUGACACUUACCUCAAGUUGAUUCAAGUCUUAUAAGCAUUGUGCUGCCCUGCCAUGCAAGAUCAUUGCACAGGAUUUUAUGCCUUCAUUAUAUCUUGGAUUUUAUUGUUACAUCAUCACCAUGGCAACUAACAACAUCAUCACCAUGGAGCCUCGAUAUCAUCAUCUUUAGACCUUCAGUAUUAGGUCCCAGUUGCUGUCUCCAGUUUUUCUAUGUAUAUUGCACCUGUCCCCUAUCAAAUAAACUAUAAAUAAACAAACUAAUAAAAUAUAUCUCAUGAAUCUCCCCUCAUGGAUGCCAAAAAAAUAUGUCAGACCAUGGCUUCUUAUUUUAUACUUGACCUGGUUAGAGGAGGCAGGUGAUAUAAGACAAACCUAGCCAUCCCAUUAAAGUUGCACUUCACUCCUUACACUCCGAAACUGUCGAGUCUACACAAAAAUAUUUCCCUGCUGGCACCGAGCUCCUGCUGUGAAAAUAGCUUUUCUUUUUUAGCUUCCCUGUCUAGACGUUCUUUUCACUGUCUUUCAUUCAUGCUCUCCCUUCCUCUUUUUCUUCUUCUUCUUCUUCCUCUCCCUUUUAAACCCUGCAGCUCUGAUGCACGCUCUGGUCUUUGGAAAUGUGACAGCCAUUAUCCAGAGGAUGUACUCUCGCUGGUCCCAGUACCACACCAGAACCAAAGACCUCAAGGACUUCAUACGAGUCCAUCACCUGCCGCAGAGCCUCAAGCAAAGGAUGUUGGAAUAUUUCCAGACGACCUGGUCGGUCAACAACGGCAUCGACUGCAACGAGGUACCACCAGGACUUUUACGUCCAUUUUCUCCUGUUAAUUUGUAAACCUAUCCAACAGCAAAACCUACUGAGAUCAAUAAUCCAUUUGUUAGAUUGCAUGAAUCCAAACCCCUCAUACACAGUCUGCAUUAAAACUGUGAUGAAAUGAUCGAUGUACUAUGAUCCUUUAUCACAUAGGAGUAUGAUGAGGAGGACAUGACAGGCAUAACUUACACAGUUAAAAAUAUAUAUCUUGUUCUCAGGACCUUAAAACUGUACGGCUUUUUUUGUGGGGGGUUGCACGCAGUGGGAGUCAAACUUGUGCUUUGCAGAUCCUUGCUAAUACAAACCAAACCAGAAAGUCACUGAACAAGUGAAAUAUGUUCAUUCUAGCUUUGUGUUUAUUCUUUCAGGCAUUACUAUUUCAUUCGUUUAUUGACUUAGCCUUAGUGCUAAAGAAUAUUUCUACUUUGAUCAAUAUUAAAAGACAACAUUGUACUUUUACCCCCACAUUAAUUCAAGGACUUUAAUUCACUCAUUGACUUAAAGAUUUUUACAAUUAUUAAGUCUGCUGUAAGAUUUAGCUCAUUUCUCUUCCACUUGAAUACACUAUCCAGCCAAAAAUCACGUUACCUGUGUCAGUGGUUUUCAAGUCCAGUCCUCGAGGCCUCCAACACACCUGAUUCAAAUGAUUAGCUCGUUAGUAAGCCAUUACAGAGCUUGAUAAUGAGCUGAUGAUUUGAAUCAGGUGUGUUGGAGCGGCGAAACAUCCAAAACAUGCAGGACAGUGGGCCUCGAGGACUGGACUUGAGAACCACUGAUCUAACACACAGAGUAUUAUGAAACUUUUCUAUCAGAACCAGCAUAACCUGUUCCAGUAGCUUGAGUUCCAGUAGCUCUUGUAUUGGACUGGACCUCACAGAUUAGCUUCCACUCCAUGCAUGAUUCAAUGAAUCUCAGCCACCCAUUGAGUGGGCCCCGCCAUUUUACCUGAUUUUCUUUCCUGACCACUGCAGACCUGGAACACCCACAAGUGCUCCAGUUUUGGCGAUGUAAUGGCAAAUCCUUCAGCCAUCAAAAUCUGGUCUUUGUCCAUGUUGCUCACAUCACGAAACUUACCCAUUUUCUGCACUUUAAGCACUCAAACUUUAUAAAGUGCUAUUAUUCAGAGAAAAACCGUGUUAUUUACUGAAAUUUGAAGAUAUUUUUGUUUUUCCAACGAAUCAUAGGUACAAUAUCUGCUGAAAAAGCUUUGCCCAGAUACAAACUAUUGUAUAAGAGGGAUGUGUGAUGACAAUGGCCUUGUAACAAAGGCCUGAGUUAUGCUGGGACAAAUUGCAGUCGUUAAAAAUUCUGACAUAAACUCAAAAAGGAAGCGGGUAGAGACGGAGCCAUGUUUGCAGAUUUGGCAGCUCAGAGAAAACACAAACAGAGACGUAAGCUGAGCACCUUUUGUUGACAAGCCUCAGGACACAAAGGAAACCAGUUAGUAGUCUAAUAGCAGCUUGUCCCUUCAGGCUGUGGAUGCCUGCAAGACAGCUGUCAGGGCCCAGAGCAGCGCUGCAUCAGAGUGACGAUGAUGAAUCCCAGACAGAUGAAUUAUAGAUGGGCCUGUUGAUUAAAGUCAGCCUGGCUCUGACGACUCAUUGAUCGACAAUAUGAGACACUGAGCUCCAGAUAUCUGUACAAACGGGGAGGCAGGAAGAUGGAUGAUAUGCGAUGUUUGCCCUUUUUUCCCACUGUGGUUUCAUUGAACUUUUUUCAGAUAUUUGAAGUCUGUAGAUAUGUGCACAGCUGCUGUUUGUAAUGUAUUGAUUCAAACACCAUCACAAAUAGAAGAAUAGUCAAGAUUGAUCAUAUUUCUAUAACUGUGAUGUUUUUAGGGUGUUUUCUAGAGUUAAUAUCAAGUCUCAGCUCAGGGAAAGGGAAAUAUCUUUAUAAAUGCGAUGAAAACCAAUCAGCUGUUGAGUUUUUACUAAUGAGAAAAUCAUUAUUAUUUAAAGGCCAGAGUUAAAGUCCACCAAACCUUCAGUCCAAGUCUCAAGUCUUCAAGGUUCCAGUCUGAGUUAGGUCCUAGUCAUCAAUCAGCAAUUCGAGCAGUCCAUGUGAAGUCCUCAUUACCUGUGUCCGAGUCAAAGUUCAAUCCUCAUUACUCAUGUCAGAGUAAGGGUCAAGUCCUCAUUUCUUGUGUCCAAGUCCAAGCUCUCACUAUCCCUGUCCAAGUCACGUUCUUAUAACCUUUGUCCAUGUCCAAGUCGAAUCAUUAUUGUGUGUGUCUGAAUCUAAGCUGAGUCCUCAGAACUCCUGUUCAAGUCUAAACCAAGUCCUCAUUACCAUUGUGUCACAGUCAUGUCCUUAUUACCUGUGUCUGAGUCAAGUCAGGUCUUCAUUACCUGUGUUUAAGUCAAAUCCAAGUUGGGGUCCUAGCCCAAGUGAAGUCCUCAUCACCUGCACCGAUAUUGAUUUCAAGUUACCCUCAUACCGUGUGUCUAAGUCCAACAUACAGUAAGUCCUCAUUACCUGUGUCCAAGACAAGGCCUGAUUACCUUUAUAAAAUCUAACAUAAACAAUAAAACUGUCUUUGUAAGGAUGCAGUCAGUGCUCGAGUCUGAGGACAUGUCCGAUUCAUCAUUGCUUUAGUCCAAGUCGAGUUAUGAGUCUAGAAAAUCGGAACUCUUGUGAGACUUAUUUGUGGGUCCUGGACCGUGUGUUUUCUGUAGAUUGUUAACUCUCUGAGGCAAACUAUUGAUUUUAGGCUAUGUAAAUAAACUUAGCUGCAUUUGACACUAAUGAUUCCUUUAGCACACAAGCUCAGGAAUCAAAUCAAAGGGAAGCAAGGCUGUAAAUGUAAUCAGUGAGUUACACAUGGCUGUGUUUUCACAGCUGGCAUACGUCCCCUAACUGGUGCCUGCUUUCCCUCUCUCUCUCUCUCUCUCUCUCUCUCUUCUGCCAUCUUCACAGCUGCUGAAGGAUUUCCCGGACGAGCUACGAUCUGACAUCACCAUGCACCUUAACAAGGAGAUCCUGGAGCUGACGCUGUUCGCCUCUGCCAGCCGCGGCUGCCUGCGCUCACUGGCGCUGCACAUCAAGACCACGUUCUGUGCUCCUGGAGAGUACCUCCUCCGGCAGGGCGAUGCACUCCAGGCCAUCUUCUUCGUCUGCUCUGGGUCCAUGGAGGUGCUGAAAGACGGCAUGGUUUUGGCCAUACUAGGUAUGAGAGUUAACCGAGCGAGGGCGGGUAGAAAGAGGGUAAAAAGUGCAAGAACCCCUCUGUAGUCGAAACUCUCUUAGUAAAGUUCUGUGUUGCUCAUUGUGAUAAAGCUGAGCCUGUAAAUUAGCUCAUUGUUGAUGAACAAGAGUGUUACAGUGUCCUAAAGGCUGCAGCUCAUCCUCAGAGUCUUCUGUUAGUGAACUCCCAUGAAAGUACGGCAAAUUAUAUGCCAAAUUUCCAACAAUAGAUGCCAUUUUCAGCAACAUUUUGGGAAUAAAAGCCACAAAGGGACUUAUCGUAGCUGUACUUGUAUGCAAAAUGGGAACAGCGGCAAAGAAAAGAGCAAAAACUAACAGCACAUUUUUUAUUUCAGAGUCUCUUUAGCAACUGCAUUGUAUUAUCUCUCAUAGCAACCCAUGAUCAUCCGAUUUCAUAGAAGUUAAACCGCUCCAGUCCAGUGAAGUCCAGCUCAGUGUGUUCAUGCUUAUUCCACAGCAUGUAAUUUCAUCCUGUCCACUUUAAUCUAUGCUCAGUUCAGUCCAGUCCACCUGAGUCAGGUCAUUCUGGUUCCACUGUCCAGGCCAGUAUAUAUAUUUUUCUAUGUAUGGCUCCUUUAGAGUCACAUUUUUUACUGUUCUCUGUAGUUGUGUUCAAAGGAUUAUUUUCCAAAGCAGCAGAUAAUUACUAUACCAGCUUGCAGCCAUUAUCUCUGCUGGCUUCACAAACAGAACGAUAUAAAGCUUGAAAGAUGUAUUUCAGCUGGAUAAAACUGAGCACUGCAAGAGAAAAACAUAGUGAUGCUGAAAUAGAAAUAUAGAAAUCAACCUCUUAUUAACAGAGUUUCAAAACUUUUACUGGAGCAGUGAAUCAGUUCAAUCUAGAAAAAAAGUUGUUGUUUUUUUUGUUUUUUUCCAUCUUCUUUCUUUCCAUCUCCCAUCCAUCUUCUUGUAAUUAUUAAUUUCGCACAAGAAGCUAAAGGUAUGCAUGAAAAUGAGAGACUGCUUGUUAACCAACAAUAGAUUGACUCAGGACAGCAAACUGACCCAGAUGGAGAAUCUGGUCCAGACUGCUUACACGGAGCUGAAAUGACUGCAGACUCUGCAGAAAACCAAGUUAAAGGACUCAAAUCUCUCUGCAAAUGUCCUAUAAAUAGCAGACAAGUACUACAGUGAAUAAGCAGCUCAGUAACAUUAGGAGUGAGUGCAAAGUGACUGAUGGCACUGAGAGUAUGUACUUGUCCCUUUUUUGGUUUGAUACAAAAUGUGUCUUUUGGCAGACUGUGAAAGAAAAACACAGAUCAGUAUUUCAGGGUAUUUAAGAGGGAUGGUCUGGCACUUACAAGAUCAGGUCAGAGGGGUAACCCCCCCCCCACACACACACACACACCCUACCCCCAGAAAAUACUAUACUUUUAUGUUUCCUUUCCUUUCAUCCGGAAAUAAACUGCAUAUUUGCACAAAAUUGUUAUCUUCCUCAUAACAGCUGUCUUCAUUAAGCGAUACCAUUAAAAUGUGAAAAUAUUUCUGCAACUGGAGCCAGAUUCAAGCACAGGAACUUUCCCCAUAGACAAGUGACUUUAGGAGAGUCAAAGUACAUUUCCACUGUUUUCAAUUGGGUUUAAAUAAAGUCUCAGACUUUAUUUGAACUUCCACAAAGUUUUUUGUCCCCAGGAAGCUACAGUACAUGAGUAAUGGGGCUUUCGGAUGAUUAUUGCAGGAGAUGUCGUUACUUGUUGGUGUAUUGGUAAAGACGAAGACCACAAUGCAGUGGAGGAACUUUUAAGCCCCUUUGCAAGAGAAUCUCAAGGAUUUAAAGCCCUCCUAUGAACGCAGUGUUCUCAGAAAUACCUUCACUCUGCUCUCUUUUAACAAAGAGCUGUAUCACCUAUUCAUAAUAGUUGCCAUAGCAAUAAAAAAGGCUGUUUUCUUAAGUGUUUGCUCAUUUACCCUCUUACAGUGGUUUCAGGCAAUAAAAACACAAAAAAGAUCUAUCCUGUUGUUGAUGAUCUUAUUUGCUUUUGCUUUUUAUAGGCAUCAUUAUCCCUUUGAGUCGAUUUUUAACCAACUAAAGCUCCUAUAAGGAGUUUUUUGAUGUUUAUGAAAUAGACUUAAAAUCAUCUAGGUGGGUAUUUAUAAUAUUCAAAAGCAAAUGGGACCAUCAGGGACAAGAAUGUGGCUCUCCUAACGUUAGCUCACUACUUUUGCUUAUUCACAAACUUCAAUCCCGUGUAUAGUUGUGUUUUGUUAAUUGUGCUCAAUUUUGACUGUUAUCUGAGUGUUUCCUUUCCUUUAGACCAGUCAGUUAGUCAGAUCUUUUCCACAGAGAGCAAAUCAGCUGCUUGGGAACAUCCUUGGUGUGAAACUGUGCUCAGGUAAAGGUGGACCUGUAAGACUGAACAUUUCCAGUUGAUUAUUGUAGGCGUUCAAAAAAAUCAUUAAGGCAUUAGCGCAAUUUUACUUUAUCUUUGCAGUUCUGAAAACACAGGUGGAACCUUUAGAUCCCUUAAGGAGCAUUUCUUGGGAUUAAAACACGCUGUACUUCUGGUGGAAAUGCAUCUUUUUUUAAUGCUGCUCCCCUUUUAGAUAGUUUAACUCAUUUACAACCUUCCCCACAACACAGCUGUGCAAAUUUGCACCUGCUUUUGAGAGAAUUUCCCACUCAAAAACUUAUGCUUCACAAAAUGUGUCCAAGCGUGGGGGUGUUUUUUGAAAAGGAUCAUGGAUAUUAUGAAUGUUCUUUUAGCAGAGGAGAAAAAAAAGACACAUAACAAACCUCAAUGAAGCUGUUCGAACAACCACGCACAUCUGCUGAGUAACACAACGCGAGUAUCAUGAGUGACCUCUGUGGCUUUCACUACCUGACCUUCAAGAUACAAAGUUAUAGACCAAUCAGGAUGCAGUAUGUGUGUGUGUGCAGGUACUGAGUGUGUGGAGUGUGUAGGUGUGUGUGUGAGAGGUGAGUCAGGUAGAGGGAGUGAUUGAAAGAUGUGAAUCUGAAGCUCAUCCAUCACUUUGUCUCGGCCGGUGCAGUACUUACAAUCAUUAUCUCACUCUGAGUGUGUGUGUGUAUGCACGCGUGUGUGUGUGUGAGAGAGAGAGAGAGCACAUGUGUGUUAAGUCUGCAUCAGUUAGCCUCUGCAGCUACAUUCAAGCACUCCUUGGUUUGUUUUGGUUUGUUUGUGUGUGUUUUGAGUAGGUGGAAUUGUUUACUGGUGAACUGAGUAACGUGUGUGUGUGGGUGGGAGGGAGCAUAUGUGAGUGUGUGUGUGUGUGUGUGUGUGUGUGUGUGUGUGUGUGUGUGUGUGUGUGUGUGUGUGUGUGUGUGUGUGUGUGUGUGUGUGUGUGUGGGCCUGACAGGCGGAAAGCAUUGUAUCUGUGCCUGCUGACUGUGCAGAAGGUCAGGCUGACAUUGAGUGUCUGACUGAAGGAGAAAAAAACUCUCUCUCUUUCUAUACUCUCCUUCCCGCCCUUUCUCUCUUUCUCUGCCCCUCCUCUUCAUCGUCACAUGGCCACAGCUCAGUACCUCCUGACAUAGAGAUUGAGUAAAUGUGGGAGAGGCCGUGUUGAAAGAUAUCAAACAUGAAAUAGAGACGAAAUAGAGCGAGGGGCAGGGUAGAAACUGGAGUUGAUGGGGGAGAAAGAGAGAGCUGGAGAAGAAAGUUAGAAUAUCAGAAGACAGACUUGAUUUAGGAGUGAACAAACUUAAAUAUCAGGUCUUUAUCUGCUAUUAUAUGUUCCUUUCUUUGGUGUCUUGUAAGCACACUCGGCCUGGGCACUUCUUGUGCUUGACACGUUAUUAAAAAAAUCUCAGUUCAAUUCAAUUCCGUUUAGUUUAUCAGCAUGACUGCAAUGUAGCAUGUCAAAUGCCACUUCUCUAUCACACAUUCUUAGCAUGGUUCACCUGCUAAAUCACCUGACUCGACUCGGCUUGGUUUGGGUCAUUUUCCGUUACAGUUGAGUACCACCUCAGCAUGGGUGGUAAGGCGGCCCAAAACUCCUGUGCCAUCAUUUGUAUGCCACAAACAACCCAAACGCACGAUCGCUUCUGUCAGGCUCCAAAGAUAUCUGGUUUGACUCUCAUGACUCAUUCAAUGGCGUCUCUUCACGGCCAGCAAAAAUAAAACAUCAGGAGUAGAUUUUUUUUGUCAAUUAACCACACCUUUACAAAGGUUAGACAAAAUCAGCAACAAUAUUUGCGUAAAAACUUUGUCCACAGGGGGCGCCAAAGUCAACAGGCACAUAAAGUUCCUCCCAGAUGUUGUCCCUUUACACGUCACAACAUAAUGUUUCACUUCCUGAAGAGCAGGGAUAAAGAGAAGAAUAACUUCAAAAAGGCGCACAAAUCAGAAGAAAUGGAAGAAAGGGGGAACAAAGAAGAAGAAAAUAAAAAUAAAUGUAAAAGAAAACAAUGACAUAACAAGGGGCAUGAAAUGAAGAAAGUAAAGGGAAGAAAGAUAAAGGGGAUAAACAAACAGAGCAAGUGCAAAAAAAGAAAAAAGGAAAAGGAUUGGAGAUGAAGAGGAAAACAUUAAGUAAGAUACAGAGAAAUUAGGUGGUGAGGUAGACCUGGAGAAAAGUAAGAAGAACAAUAAAGGGAGAAGUGACGAAAACCCAGAUUCAUCUGACGAGCAGAAGGAAAGGGCUAUUUACAACAAAAAGAGAGAAGAAAUCACACAGGAAAGAGGAGGAUCAGGAAAAAGAUGACAGUGACAGGAGGAGUGAGUAGGCUGAGAUUUACAGAGAAAGAAGCAGAGACUGAGGUGUGAAGGAGUGAACUGAGAGACAGUGUGGGGGGGUGUAGGGGGGGUAUGAACAGUCACGACUGGCACUCCAUCAGCCUCGCUGUAAUUGAGCCGCGCUCACAGUUCACAAUGACCAUAAUGAAUAUUUUAUCACUGCUUAAGGGGCAUUAACACUAACGGGGUACUUAGCCCGGUCCUGUCUGUAUGAACAGAAGACAGCUGUCAACUACACUUCAAACUGUCACAUUUACUUAAAGCAUAGAGGAGGACUGUGAUUUAUAUCCUAAAAGAUUUAAAACUCUGAUAUUUCUGCUCAUUGGUGGUUCUCAUGGUUCUUUUGGGUCAAAAAUACUACAACGGGAUGGGUGAGAAGCCUCCUUGAAGUACUUGAUGUAACUUGAGUAUCAUUUUUUGCCUGAUUAAGUUCUCACUACACCAUCUAAGAAUCAGUGCGUUUAGAAGACCAGUUGUGCGUUUAAUUUUAACAUCAUCUGACAAGUAAGUGGCAGCAGCUAAUGAGCAACAGACGCUGGUACUAAUGUAGAAAGAAAAUAGAAAAGCUUGUUGUCAACUCUGUUUAUUUCCAGCUGCUUUGCUCGUCUUCGUUGGUCCAAGAAGCUGAAGGUGUGAUAAAAAAGUAGUUUUUACCCGGUAUUAACUGCAGCCCCGGGAGAUUAGAUCAAAAGUGGGCAGUCUAAACUGAAGGUCCAGAUGUUCCUCAAUGUGUCCGAAGAAUGCAUGGAGAUAUGAUCUCUCAGGCAGCAGAUAGACAGAGUCUGAGAGGUUUUUUUUGUGUGCAUGCACAUGUGCUGGGCAACACUGAGGACUGUCCUCUCUUGGUAUCCACGGCAACAAUCCCGUGGAAUAUAACAGACUAUGCUCUUCUAAUAUGAUUGAUUUUUAUCUCUCUUUGUCUCAUGAAAGUCUUUAUUUUUUUAUUUCAUAUGUUGGACCUACAUGAGAGGAGCUACCCUAGGCAUACAGAAUAUAACAUAUCUGUAUUGGUCCAUAUAAGGGCUGCUUUUCACCUACUGAUAUAUUAGUGCCCUGUACUGACAAAGGACUAAGGUCUAUAUAAUGCAGGAUCCACAUCUCCUCAUGUUAUUAAUGAUGCAACUGAGAGAUGUGACCCGUGAGCUGUUAAUUAGAGUUUGCAAUAAUACAACACAGUAAUGAUACUGAUAUUUCAUAUUUCACAGCAGUCUGUGUGAUAACCGUGGGGAUCUUUUUGUCUGUUUUUUCCUGUAAACACAGACUUCAGUCCACAGUAUAUCGCUCUGUUGCAGAGAUUUGUUAUCCUUUAUUAUGUUUAUGAGUCUAAUGAAGGUGAAUGGGGCCCUAUUGUUAUUUAGCUCAGUAGCAGCAAAGUGAGAUCCAGUCUCAAGUGGUUCUUGGAGAUGAAUGAUGAUGGGUUGUAAGAGCCCUUGCUCUCGUGCCAUCCACGUGAGUGGAUCACCCAGGGCAGAUGUUAAUACAGGUAUAGACAGGGCUUUGGGUUUUGGUAAUCAUAAAUAAUGUUGGGAUGAGUUUUGUUGUGGGUUUUUGGCCCUUAUCUUGACUUCAGUUAUGCCAAGACAGUUAUGGGAACUUUUAACUAAAUUUUAAAAAGUAUCUCGCUUCUCCUGAUAUAUCUGUGUCACCUAUAACCGCAAUUUGAGGCCAUUGGAGGGAAGAAAAGAUAUUUCUAAACAGUGUAACUCCUACUUUCAAAAUUCGUUGGUCGGGUCUGCCCGCUCAUGAAACGAUUUUCGACACACAGGCCGCAAGUUACGGCACUUGGACAGGAACACAAGAGGAGCAGUAGGUUGUUGCUAAGCUAGCCAGUGAAAACAGAGCAAAAACAAAUAGCUACACAUGGCCGAUGAUGGGACGGUGUCUACAGAAAGAAAACGAAUUAAAACAGAAGAACAAAAAAAAGAGAAAAGGGCUCAUGGGAAAUGCAGUCAUCAUUCCGGCAAAACAGUACUGCAUUUGUCCACAGUGGCCGCAAAAUGUACCUGCAAUGUGGUCAGAGGUUAAUAAACUAGUAUUUGAAAAUAAUAACACCAGAUAGCACAGUCAUUAAUCAAUUUAAAGUUUUAGCAACCCAAGUUUUGGUUGGGAGGUUUUGUAGAGUCUUUUUGAGUUUUUUCUCAGUUUUAGCUUUAAAAUAUUGGAUGAACUAGAUGUGGUGGGAUUGAUCACCAGGUAGACUAAAGAUGUUUGACAAGACUACUACAGAAACAGGAAAUAACAGAAUCAUCAUUUUAGAUUAUUCUGAGUAGUCUAUUUAUAUUUUUUCCCCCAGAGAGUCCCAGAUAUUUCAAAAUAAGUCAUUUUAGAGCUGUGAUUGCUAUAGCACGUGACAACCGUGACAUGUUGUACCAUCAGAAUCUCAUACAGGCCCAUGCUUAUUUUUUUAAUAUCCUCACCAAACUCUGCCUUAGCUGAGCUCUCCUGAUUUAGGAGCUGUGCCACUCAUGCCCACAUGAAUUGCAAGUAAGCAGCUGCAGAAUUUGCCUCCCUGCCAUAUUGUGUGAUUCAUAAUUUCAUAAAGAUGAAUAUCUAAGAUAGCCAUUGCACUGUAAAAUGUACCCUUUACAGAACCAUUUCAUGCUAUCUAUGUUUAUAUUUGAAUGCUGUUUUUCUCAGUUCUGUGUAGUUUUUAAGUUAGGUUUCAUAGGUUUCCUUGCUUUAAUAGUAUGUAACUGUUGUGGACCAACACAUAGCAAUAAAGAUCAGCACUGAUACCAUGUGGAUGUGAGAUUUGUUACCCUGAGGGUGCUCCAGACACAUAAGUCUAAAGGUACCUCUACUUUUUUAACUUUAAAGCUCCUAUAGGGAACUUUUAGUCGAGUCAAGUUUGCAAGGGGAGUGUUUUCAGCUGAAAAAUCUCAUCUUUUGAUGCUCAAAUAUAAUAGUUCAUGUUUUUGUGGGAAUGCAGUCAGAGGCUGUUCAUGCAGCACGCUGUAACUCACUCUGUCUGACACCUACCCAGCAGAGGUGAUCACAAGCUUUGAAAAUGCCCGUACAGAAGAAAUGAAUCUUGUUGCUGAUGGUCUCACUUACUCUUGGACGUCAUGUAGAGACAAAUACAUAAAUUCCAGCCCAUGACCAGCCAGAACUCUUUAACUUGGAUAGAUAUGGUUUAAAAUAGGCCAAAUGCAGGGACUCAUAUCAUGCAUAUCUAUGUAUACAGCUAGUGCUUCUAUAACGUCCUAUUUUCUAUUGUGGCUAGACAGAGCCAUUGUCAGGUGCCGAAAAGCAUAAGCAUGAUAGGUGGUAUGUAUUUUUACAACACGUUUGCUGACAUGAGAGACUGAACAAAAUCUCCACCAGUCAGGUAUUCUUCCAAAUGCAUCAGCACCACAAGUGCUGCAAAACCUCUCUCCACACACUCCACCCGGAGCACUCCCACAGAAACUCUUUGAUAAAUGGAACAUCUGAAACAGAGUCUGCACCCUCAACCCUUUUUACAGGUGAACAAACACUGUGCUGCAACCUCUUUUCUGACCUCCAUCAUGGUUUACUCUCUGUGCAGGUAAAGGAGACCUGAUUGGAGCGAACCUGUCCUUAGAUGACCGAGUGAUAAAAACCAAUGCGGAUGUGAAAGCUCUGACCUACUGUGACCUGCAGUGCGUCAACCUGAAGGGACUUUACGAGGUGCUGGACCUUUACCCGGAGUACUCACACCACUUUGUGCAGGACAUCCAGCAGGACCUCACAUACAACCUGAGAGAGGGACACGAGACUCAUGUAAGUCCAUCUGAGAAAAGCUGAGUGCAGAGUGAAACUCUCCACUGUGCUUUCUCUAUGGGGCCCAACUGUUCAACAGGAAUCUUUUAAACUGAUCUGAUACAAUCUUAAAAGCAGGUUGUUCAAAUCUGAUGUUGUUUUCCUCAUCUGGAAAAAAACUCCAGUUUGUGUCGUUCAAACUUCUGAGAAGGGUUGAGGCAACUUUGAUCCAGAAAAUCAGGAUAAUCCUGAUCCCAUCACAGGGUUGGAUUCAGACUAGAUUACAAAAACAAAAUAAGAUUUAAAAACAGUGAAACUCCUGUGAGUAUCUUUUGGGUUGUUUUCACACAAGUAAACUGAAUUUAGCAAUCCUAACAUGCAAGGGGAUUAGAUCCCGCUAGUUUUGAUUUGAGAGUAAACUGGAUUACUUGUUUCUAUUAACCAAAAAGUGUAUUCUCAAAUUUGGAUCAUUUAUAAUCAGCAUAAAAAAAAGUUUGAUGUUUUAAAACUUUAAAACUUAAAAUUUAUUUGUUCAUAUGUUUGUUUGUUUCAUUUUUUUGCAUGCUCAGAAAAAAAGCCAUGGCUUGUAAAAGAAGUAGAUUGAUCAGUAGCUGGAAGGGUGAUUUGUGCCUUGAUUCUGUGUCCCUGUUUGUCCAAAGUUGUUUUGAUUCAUGCCGAGAAGGGACAGUGAUAAUUGUGGUGUAAUUUAAUGAGGCCCUCUUGUGAAACUGGCAUUAAUGAGCUCAGGCGAACACAAGGUGAAGACCAAGGUGGAGAAAAAAAAAAACAACAACAACAAGGGCCUCAUUGCGCGUCAGAGCCUCUUAAAGAGACUAAAGAAGAUGACAUCAAAGGGAUAGUUCUAGUUUUUGAAAGUGAUGUUGUAUGAGGUAUUUAACAAUAGUUGUAGAAAGCUCAACAAAUGUCACUCAUGCAGGGAAGAGAGACACAGUCUGGAUAACAAUAGCAGUGUCUGUGAGGAACUUUUGGUUUGUGUCAACACUGGCGCCCCCUGUGGACAGAAUGAAACCUCAUAGUUUAUGUUCCAUACAUGUGAUUAUUGUGUUUUCAGAAGAAAAGCCAAAGUCAAAAAUGCUGCUUUUUCAGCCCGCUGUCAUAAUCAGCCAACACAGGGAAGUUUUCAGACUUGUCUCUCAAACGUCAUAAAGAGGCAUUAGUAUCAGUUUCAGUCUACUUCUCACCCAGUUAAAAAUUCCUUACAGUACCUUUAAAAACAACUGAACUAUCCCUUUGAAUAUCUUUAUUAACAUUUAAACUCAGUUCAUGUAGGAGUGACCUAAACUGCAUUACCCUCUCUAAAUCCUAAUAUUUUUGGUGUUGAGAGAAAUAAACAAAAUGAUUGAGCCCAGACUCUAAAAGAGAGCAGCACUCUGCCUAAAAACUUCUUCUGUGCACUCACCAAACUGUGUGACGAAUGGAGGAUCAGUAAUAACUCAUGAAUAACUGAUGUUGGAGGAACCAGAAAAGCUUCAGUUUGGAGAGACUUCAGACUUGGAAUUUUAGACUUGCAAAAGCAAGGGAAUAAAGAUUUUUCAAAUUAGAAAAGUAAAAAGUGUGUGAAGAGUGUGUGUUUGUGUGUGUUUGUGUGUGUGCCUCAAAGAGAGAGAAAAACGCGAAAGGGAGGGCAGAAAUAAGGGCACUUGGACGAACUCUGCUGCUGUAAUUACACUCAGGUGUUUCUGUCUCUGCAGCCCUAACACCCCUGGCCCACUUACAUACACACACACACGCAUGCACACGCACACACACACACACACCUCUUGCCGCAGGGCUUUUAGGUGAAGCCAGUGCUCAGAGAGGCAGCCUGAAUCUGAGGACUGAGUGGAGUCAAAAUGAAUACCGCGGGAAGGAGGCAGCUUGAGAUGGAGAAUGUGUUUGUGGCCGGAAGGAGAAGAUUGCUGUUUGGAUAUUACUGCACUGUACCCAAGUGUGUGUGUGUAUGUGUGUGUAUCAGUGUGUUAAAGUGAAUUAUUUUCAAUCAUAGGAACACCUUGAGCCUUAUAGUCAUUUAUAACAUCCCUGAGUACACUUUGGGGGGAAAAAAAGAAAGCGCUGAGUGUUUGAAAAGCUCCUGUGUAAUUUAAAGAGGAGAAAAAAAGAGGACACAUCUUGAUUGCUGUGUCCCGCAGUUCAUUUACCAUGUGUCUUCUCUGUGGCUUUCUUCCAGGUGAAAGCCAAACUAUCUACAACAACCUUAGAUACUCAGGUAAUGGACCGCACACACUGCAUCUCCACUCGAAAGGCAAUAAUAUGCCUCCCUUUGUUAGAGCCUUUUAAUCAGGCCACAUUAGAAAAUAAUGAAACUCAGAUUAAGUUCAACUGCAGAUCUAUUUUUCUGCCGCGGCAUAUAAAAAGUCUGCAGGGGGACCUCCAACUUUGAUUGUGGACUCAAUCACUCUUCUACACUUAAUGAUUGUAAUGAUGGGGAGAUUUUUUUCUCCGGCUGAGAGGGUUGGGAGAGGAGAAAAGAUCAAUCCCGUGCAGAAUGAGUUAGCUGUCAUUAAAUCACUGCAGGCCCAGAAAAGAGGGCAAUAAAAUGCUCCUCAUGCUGACUGGCUGCUCUUUGAUUGUUGAGAACCUGCAAAACAAAAUACAAAUAUAACACCAUGCCGUCAGAUAUUUCACAAAAAACCAAUCCUGCUGUCUGAGCCAUUAACCUCACAGUCAGAGGCCUUUGAUCUGUAGGUGACCUAUUGUUAUUGCAUGGUUGUGUCUUUGUUUUUGGAGCCAGGUUGUUUAAAAGGGUUUUUAUCAAGAUAGGGAUUCUCUUGUUUUUCGUAGAGUCAAAUCAUCUGUUUUGCCUUUAUUGAAGAAAGAUUAGACUGAAAUAUAUUCGGCUACAAGGCUGAUACCAACCCACUCGCAUUAAUUUCAGGUAUUAAAAAUUAAGAUGUAAAAUCGUCAGUGGAAUUACUGAUGGUCUUGUUUGCUUUCAUGUGAGAGUGUUUGGUCCACAGCAUACUGAGACUUCUACAAGAAUCUGUAAAAAAUGUGGGUAUUUCAGCUGCAAAAACUACGUACUACAUUUUUGUAGUAGUUUCUGUAGAAAUAUCCAGCAGCCCAACGGCAGUAUUAGGUCGCUUUCACACCAGAGCUGUUUGUUCUGCUUUAAAUAGACCAGAGUUCGUUUCCUUGGAUAGUCCGCUUCAGUUCAGCAGUUUGGGCAGGUGUGAAAGCUCAUCCGAACUCUGGUGCGGACCAAACAAGUGAACUCUGGUCCGCCUGAAAACGUGGUUCUGGGUUCGCUUGCAAGUGAACCCUGGUUCGGUUCGUAUGCAGUGUGAAAGCUCACCGGACCAAACACAGGACCAAAUGUACGUAAUGACGCUAUACGCAGUGCAUCUUGGGUAAAGGAAGCACGGCGUCCCUUGUUGCUAUGGCAACAAGUGACCGCUGACUUUAGCAGUUGCUAGCUAGUGUAGCUCAAUUGUCUGAACAACAAUAACCCAUAAAUUCACAAUUUGGCAUAUUUAAACAAAAUCAAAUCACAACUAUCAACAGUCACAGCCCUUAAACUCUGAGCUCAUACAUUGUCACAUGUUAGAUCGUCAAAGUUAGAAAAAUAACAGGAUCAAUCCCUGACAAGCUAUGAUAGCAUUAUAGGAACAGUUGCGUUCACUAACGUUGUAGCAUUCCCUAAAUUAAUGUGAUGAAGCACAAUACAAGAUGGCUAUUCCACUCCUGUUUGUAAUCCGUGAGGUUACAUACCCCUCCAACUUUGUCCAAUCGACGAGCGCCCCUUUCAACCACGUGAUGCUGCUCGGAAAGCUGCGCUUAGAAAUCACAGUGUGAAAGCAGAACCGAAACAAGUGAUAAAUGCAACAAUGUUCAAACUGAGUCCGCUUGGUCAGGUGUGAAAGCGACCUUAGAAAUGCUGACUCAACCUGACUUUUGCUCAGCCUAGAAAUAGAAUUUGAGUUGGAGCUGAAGCAGACUUUUAACCUCUUGAAAAAAAAAACUGUUACAUUUACCAGUCAAUCAAAUUAGCCCUGACCCUAAUUAUAACCAUUUACGCAGAACUGUGAACCUCAAUAUUUCCAGGGUCAAUGAAUUAUUUUGUUCCUAAUAUUUAAAAAUACAGAAAAUUAGCCAUAGAGAUCCAGACUGUUUUAUUUAUUCAUUUAUUUAUUUGCGCCAGCCUAUAGGUUGUUCAUUUCCGCUGUACUUAAGUGCACUUCAGAGAAAGACCUAUUUUAAGAUCCUUGUACCCCUGGAGUCAGUCUGGAGUGGACCGAUUUCCCAAAUCGAAUAUAAUCAGAUAGCUUCAAGUCAAUCAGCGUUUUAUAUUCAGUCCACUGAUCCAUGCUGUUUUUUAAGGUCUUAGUAAAGGACCCGGGUCCCUUUGGUUAUUAAGACUGAUGUCAGGGUUCAACACAGUUGACUUCCUUAACCCAAAGGUCCCAGUUUGGACUAAAAUGUUGAUCACAGGAUUUCUGGCUCACCCCUUAUCAAUCAUAAAUCCAGCUGAGUCAUCAGGACUUAUUGAAAUCCCCUCCGUGUGUUUUGGGGUCAUGGUAUUAAGUGCUCAGUACAGAUUAGUUCAUUCAGCAUCUUUAGAGGAGGCAGAAAACAUGAGGAUCAAACAUUUACUCUGACAGGAUGCUGAUACUGUUCAGAAAAGAGGCAUUCAAGCAAAUUUGACAUCACAUGACACAAAUCAACAUGAAUGGAUUUUGAUUCUCUGUAGUUAUAAAACCUCAAGAACUUAAUUUUUCUAUCAAAUUAGAGACUAUAGAUUCUUAUCCCCACUGUCUAAUAUUUCAUCCUGUUUGUCCUUUCUCAUUUCCAGCCCAGGGUGGGGAGAAACGGCCGAGUCGUUCAGGGCUUCCCGCCCGUCAUUGAGGCACAGGAGAGACAGGGGGAGGAUGAGGAGGAUGAAGAGGAAGAUGAGGGCAUGUCUGUAUCUCUGUCAUCAGAGCAGAACCAAGCGUCAGACCUCAGGGACACAGGUGGGAAGUCUCUGCUGAGCCAACCCAGCCACAACUCCAGGAGGUCCCGGAGGAAGAUCCAGGAAAUUACACUCACUACGUUAGACCCGGCCAACCUGAGCCCCAGGUGAGAGAGACCUGUAUUGAUUCGCCUGUGCUGGCCCGUGUGUCUGUGACUCGGUGUUAUAUCGUUUUUUUGUCAAUCUUUUAGAAAGUACAUGUUGUACGAACUGGGAACUCAAACAAAACAGAAGUGACAGUUUAGGUGAAUUAUAAAAUGGGAAGAUAUAAAAUGGGGAAAGAAUAAAAUGCACAAACGGAAAUCGGAUUUAAGUGUUCAUGACAGAUUUGUUCAUAUGUAUGUACUGUAUGUCAAGCUUGAACAUAGCUGAUUGAAAUUUGCAGCUGUUAGCUGUGUUAGAAAUAACUCAGAUCACUCAUAGAGAAAUAAAUACAUGAGACAACAUUGAGUGUUGCUGUAGUUUGUCUCUAUCCAUCUCUCUCUCUCUCUCUAUCUCCAUCUCUCCCUCCUCUAAACCCAACACAGUCUUGGCAGAUGACUGUCUCACAUGAGUCUGGUUCUGCUCGAGGUUUUGGCCUGUUAAAGGAAGUUCUUUCUCUCCACUGUAACUUGCUAAACGCUGCAUAUGUUUCACUCAUGGUGGAUUGUUGGUCUGAUUUUACAAGAUGGGACUCAGUCUCAUACUAUCUUGAUGUAGAGUCUGCUUUCAUAUAAUCAUCAGGCUGUAUAAAAUACUUACUUCUCAUUGGUCAGUUAUUCGUUCUGAUUAGCAAGAGAGCCACGAGAGACAUCCUGAUAAUACACGCCGUAUUAAAUCAAACUGUAAAUUGCAUUGAUUUUUGCAUGCAACCUGAGGUCACGAUGAGAGAAUAACUUCCUUUGGCUGCAGUGAUAAAAACAGUUUUGUUUUACUGUAGUUUAAAUAAAUGUUGUAUUCUCUAUUCUUUGGGGAAAAUGAGGGAAUUUUUUAAAACAAUGUCACAGUUUUAGUGGUGACACUUUUUAAAAAGCAGUAUUAGCUCUGUGUUCUGAGGUACUUUUAUUGGCUAAAACGUUAUGCUUUUAUUCGCUUACAAAACACACAAUGAGCAUACAGAUGAACAAGAGGUCAAAGCUGCCUGCUUGUAGAAGCUGCAGUUUCAUAAGAAGUCACCAAACACAAUUAUCUGAUUAAUCAAAUAUUUAUAAAGCCUCACGUGCAAUCCUUUAUGUAAUUCAGUUCAGCUUGAUGAAGACUCUUUCGAAGAUAAUUUAGCUGUUAAGGCGUUAUAAAGCUGUUCUAUUAAAAUAUUCUAAAUUCUUUUAUUUUUGUAUUGUUUGUGUUUUUUCGGACUCGGACUAACACCUUUCUGUCCCUGCAGGAUAGUGGAUGGUACAGAGGACAGCGAGGGGAGGGAGAACUCCCCAGCCUUCUCCUUCUCUACCAGUCGAGGUUGUCCCGCCAAUGAACCAAACAGUGCCUCAGCAUCCGCCACAGGUCUUCACAUCCUUCAGCACACGGCAGAUAUGAUCUAGUGCUAUUUACACACUCUUAAACUCCCUAUAUCACAGAAGAGAGGAAAUGUUCCCAUCUAAAUCCCUGCAGUUUGUUUAGUGUAAUGAGGCUGAUUGAUGUCAGAUGCAGUGACUGCUGAUUUACAGUUUCACUCCUCGGUCUGCACUUGGAGUGGUUUGUAACUCGCUGAUUUGUGUCACAGAUAUGCUGCAGAUCAGCACGGCAGAGCUAGCAGCUAAAGCCGAGGAAACAAGAGGGCAGCUACGACACCUUGACCAGCAGGUAGGACUCUGUGUUUAUGUGAGUGUGUGUGCAAAAGACAUGUGGGCUCAGGUAAGUGUGGCCAUCUGGUCAUAUCAGCAUGUCAGCUUCAUUAAGACUGUACAGAAGGGAUCAUUUAAUGAGUAUUGCUACCGCAUCAUGCUAACUACAUAUUAGAAUAAUAUUUUGACUAUUUCUUGGAGUUACUCAAUCAGUUGUCCAGUUUGACAUCAUUUUAUCACACACAUAUACACCUUUACCCACACAUUUAGCAUCUCAUGCCAUAUCCUCCAUUUUUGAGUGGCAGGUGGCUAAAUUGGCAUUAGACUUUCUGGCAGGUGAGGAGAAGUGUUUGCUUCCUCUUGCUAAGCCCCAGUCUGGUCCCAGGGAUGAGCAGAUAGGAUUAAAAAGAAAAAGAGACACAAGGAGAGAAGAAUUGAGAUGGGGUUGGGAGUGGGGAGGGGAGAAAAUAAGAGAAAAACCCAAAAGCAAAUCAAAGAGGAGAGGAAAAAAUGGAGCGUGAAAGACAAUUGCAUGGUUUUCUCACAGCAGUCGGCUCUGCAGUCCUGAUUCGGUGUCUCUGUGGGUUACCCUUGUUUGACAGGAAGUCUCCCAGCGUGGUCCUGUAGGUUGUUAAUCCUAACUUGCAUCCAUCCACUCAGAUCACCACGGGAGUUUGAAGGCAGGGAGUGUUUAAACUGUAUCUGCUGCCUUCACAAUGACAAACCAGAGUGUUUUUUGGUGGCAAAUGAGAGAUCUCUUACAAAAAAAAGCUGUUUCACAAGGAAUAAAGAAAAUUCAAUGUAUCUAGCUGAAGUCUAUUUGCUCAAUAUUCAGUUUACAACAAAGUCAGGGACAUUUCCUCAUUGAGAAAGUAGAAAAAAACCUGGACAAACCUGUUCAUUGAGGUAAAAACAAUAUAAAAAGAACGCAAAAAGGCUUAUUUAAUGAUUUCUCUGUAAGAGCACACAAGGCAGUUUCAGGCAAUAGUUGCAGCCAUCCAUGUAAACACAUUUUUUUGCUGAUUGUGACCUGACCCUCUCAAACAUGGCAUUUUUAAUGAUCUACAAUUCUGUAAACUCAGGGAUAAACCCGCUCUGUCUUACACUUUGACCCAUGUAGUUAGGGCCCGAGCCAGCUGCAGAGCAGCCGGGCGUAGGCCCUAUUAUUCCCCAAGUGGUUUUUCUUUGUUUCUUUCUUUCUUUCUUUAGGGCCCGAGCGUAGCUGCUAAGCAGCUGCGAGAGCCCUCUUGUUCCUGAUGGAUUCUUCUUUUGUUACUAUUAUUAGGGCCCGAGCGUAGCUGCUAAGCAGCUGCGAGAGCCCUAUUAUUCCUGAUGGAUUCUUCUUUCUUCUUCUUCUUCUUAUUAGGGCCCGAGCGUAGCUGCUAAGCAGCUGCGAGAGCCCUAUUAUUCCUGAUGGAUUCUUCUUUCUUCUUCUUCUUCUUAUUAUUUUUCUGCCCCUUUGAACUGAAAAAUGGCCCACUUCCCACUGGUGAAAAGUCAUGAAAUUUGGCAGGACGACCGGGCCUGGUGAAAAAUUCGAUAUUCUGAAGUCGCCCAAAAAAUCAAAUGCAAAAUGGCUCCAUAGCGCCCCCUAAGGUGAAAAAUUCACAUGAUUGAGUGUCACGCCUGUACGCUUUGUCAAAAUGACACAAAAUUUGACACACACGUGUAUCUCAAUAAGAUCUACAAAAAAGUCAGUGCGGGCGUAUCUGUCAAAUGUACGGUUAAAGGGCUAUUUCGCAUUUUUUGCCGAUCCGCACACAUUGGAAUUUCGCUAACUCCUCCGAAGGCUUUCGUUCCACCGGCACCAAAUUUGCUCAGGCCAAUCUACACCCCAUGGCCAUUAAAAGUUGUACAAAUCAUGACGCUGCAUCUCACGGUUUACGUUCUAGGGGGCGCCAAAGAUAACCCAGAAAUCCACAUUCUUAAAAGUCGUAUAACUUUUUAUUUUUGUCCUCACUGGCCUCCAAGUUUUCUAGGAUGAUGCAAUGUCCAGCCAUCAACACAUUUGUGAAGGAAUUUUUACUCCCCAAAAGAGCGCCCCCCCAUGGCAGGAGAAAAAAGUCCAUUUUUUCUUGUCUCCUAAGGCGAAAAUUCACACUAUUGACUAUCACGCCUUUACGCUUUGUCAUAUUGACACAAAAAUUGACACACACAUGUAUCUCAAUAAGAUCUACAAAAAAGUCAGUGCGGGCGUAUCUGUCAAAUGUACGGUUAAAGGGCUAUUUCGCAUUUUUUGCCGAUCCGCACACAUUGGAAUUUCGCUAACUCCUCCGAAGGCUUUCGUUCCAAAGGCACCACAUUUGCUGAGGCCAAUCUACACCCCAUGGCCAUUAAAAGUUGUACAAAUCAUGACGCUGCACCCCACGGUUUACGUUCUAGGGGGCGCCAAAGAUAACCCAAAAAUCCACAGUCUUAAAAGUCUUAUAACUUUUUAUUUUUGUCCUCACUGGCCUCCAAGUUCUCUAGGAUGAUGCAAUGUCCAGCCAUCAACACAUUUGUGAAGGAAUUUUUACUCGCCAAAAGAGCGCCCCCCAUGGCAGGAGAAAAAAGUCCAUUUUUUCUUGUGCCCUAAGGCGAAAAUACACAUUGUUGACUGUCACGCCUUUACGCUUUGUCAAAAUGACACAAAAUUUGACACACACAUGUAUCUCAAUAAGAUCUACAAAAAAGUCAGUGCGGGCGUAUCUGUCAAAUGUACGGUUAAAGGGUUAUUUCGCAUUUUUUGCCGAUCCGCACACAUUGGAAUUUCGCUAACUCCUCCUAAAUCUUUUGUCCCAUCGGCUUCAAAUUUGCUCAGGUCAAUCUACACCCCAUGGCCAUUCAAAGUUGUACAAAUCAUGACGCUGCACCCCACAGUUUACGUUCUAGGGGGCGCCAAAGAGGACCCAAAUAUCCACAUUUUUAAAAGUCUUAUAACUUUUUAUUUUUGUCCUCACUGGCCUCCAAGUUUUCUAGGAUGAUGCAAUGUCCAGCCAUCAACACAUUUGUGAAGGAAUUUUUUCUCCCCAAAAGAGCGCCCCCCAUGGCAGGAGAAAAAGUCAAGUUUUUCCUGCCCAUCGCUCAAUGGCUCAAACGCAUCGCUCUCUCUGCAAAACCGAAAGGAGGAGCAACUUGCCAUUUGGAUAUAUACUAGCUGUGUUUGUGCCCUCACUCAUGGUCCAGACUUUUUUCAAAUAGGACAUGUAGUUUGUCUGCAGCGAGCGUUUUGGUAGAAACUGCGCCUCCCGUUCAUUAUAAUGGGAAAUGACCACAGACAAGUGCGCACACCAUCUUUGGACCUUGAGUGUGACGCGAUCGGGAGGGGGAGGCGGUCGCGCUGGGGGCGGCGCGACGCGGCUCGGGCCCGACAGUGCCCCACCGGGGCCCUAGUUAUUUUUCUGCCCCUUUGAACUGAAAAAUGGCCCACUUCCCACUGGUGAAAAGUCAUGAAAUUUGGCAGGACGACCGGGCCUGGUGAAAAAUUCGAUAUUCUGAAGUCGCCCAAAAAAUCAAAUGCAAAAUGGCUCCAUAGCGCCCCCUAAGGUGAAAAAUUCACAUGAUUGAGUGUCACGCCUGUACGCUUUGUCAAAAUGACACAAAAUUUGACACACACGUGUAUCUCAAUAAGAUCUACAAAAAAGUCAGUGCGGGCGUAUCUGUCAAAUGUACGGUUAAAGGGCUAUUUCGCAUUUUUUGCCGAUCCGCACACAUUGGAAUUUCGCUAACUCCUCCGAAGGCUUUCGUUCCACCGGCACCAAAUUUGCUCAGGCCAAUCUACACCCCAUGGCCAUUAAAAGUUGUACAAAUCAUGACGCUGCAUCUCACGGUUUACGUUCUAGGGGGCGCCAAAGAUAACCCAGAAAUCCACAUUCUUAAAAGUCGUAUAACUUUUUAUUUUUGUCCUCACUGGCCUCCAAGUUUUCUAGGAUGAUGCAAUGUCCAGCCAUCAACACAUUUGUGAAGGAAUUUUUACUCCCCAAAAGAGCGCCCCCCCAUGGCAGGAGAAAAAAGUCCAUUUUUUCUUGUCUCCUAAGGCGAAAAUUCACACUAUUGACUAUCACGCCUUUACGCUUUGUCAUAUUGACACAAAAAUUGACACACACAUGUAUCUCAAUAAGAUCUACAAAAAAGUCAGUGCGGGCGUAUCUGUCAAAUGUACGGUUAAAGGGCUAUUUCGCAUUUUUUGCCGAUCCGCACACAUUGGAAUUUCGCUAACUCCUCCGAAGGCUUUCGUUCCAAAGGCACCACAUUUGCUGAGGCCAAUCUACACCCCAUGGCCAUUAAAAGUUGUACAAAUCAUGACGCUGCACCCCACGGUUUACGUUCUAGGGGGCGCCAAAGAUAACCCAAAAAUCCACAGUCUUAAAAGUCUUAUAACUUUUUAUUUUUGUCCUCACUGGCCUCCAAGUUCUCUAGGAUGAUGCAAUGUCCAGCCAUCAACACAUUUGUGAAGGAAUUUUUACUCGCCAAAAGAGCGCCCCCCCAUGGCAGGAGAAAAAAGUCCAUUUUUUCUUGUGCCCUAAGGCGAAAAUACACAUUGUUGACUGUCACGCCUUUACGCUUUGUCAAAAUGACACAAAAUUUGACACACACAUGUAUCUCAAUAAGAUCUACAAAAAAGUCAGUGCGGGCGUAUCUGUCAAAUGUACGGUUAAAGGGUUAUUUCGCAUUUUUUGCCGAUCCGCACACAUUGGAAUUUCGCUAACUCCUCCUAAAUCUUUUGUCCCAUCGGCUUCAAAUUUGCUCAGGUCAAUCUACACCCCAUGGCCAUUCAAAGUUGUACAAAUCAUGACGCUGCACCCCACAGUUUACGUUCUAGGGGGCGCCAAAGAGGACCCAAAUAUCCACAUUUUUAAAAGUCUUAUAACUUUUUAUUUUUGUCCUCACUGGCCUCCAAGUUUUCUAGGAUGAUGCAAUGUCCAGCCAUCAACACAUUUGUGAAGGAAUUUUUUCUCCCCAAAAGAGCGCCCCCCAAUGGCAGGAGAAAAAGUCAAGUUUUUCCUGCCCAUCGCUCAAUGGCUCAAACGCAUCGCUCUCUCUGCAAAACCGAAAGGAGGAGCAACUUGCCAUUUGGAUAUAUACUAGCUGUGUUUGUGCCCUCACUCAUGGUCCAGACUUUUUUCAAAUAGGACAUGUAGUUUGUCUGCAGCGAGCGUUUUGGUAGAAACUGCGCCUCCCGUUCAUUAUAAUGGGAAAUGACCACAGACAAGUGCGCACACCAUCUUUGGACCUUGAGUGUGACGCGAUCGGGAGGGGGAGGCGGUCGCGCUGGGGGCGGCGCGACGCGGCUCGGGCCCGACAGUGCCCCACCGGGGCCCUAGUUAUUAUUUUUCCUCCGCUUUAAACUGGAAAAUGGCCCACUUCCCACUGGCGAAAACUCAUGAAAUUUGGCAGGACGACCGGGCCUGGUGAAAAAUUCGAUAUUCUGAAGUCGCCCAAACAAUAAAAUGCAAAAUGGCUCCAUAGCGCCCCCUAAGGUGGAAAUUCACACUAUUGACUGUCACGUCUGUACGUUUUGUCAUAUUGACACAAAAAUUGACACACAUAUGUAUCUCAAUAAGAUCUACAAAAAAGUCAGUGCGGGCGUAUCUGUCAAAUGUACGGUUAAAGGGUUAUUUCGCAUUUUUUGCCGAUCCGCACACAUUGGAAUUUCGCUAACUCCUCCGAAGGCUUUCGUUCCACCGGCACCACAUUUGCUCAGGCCAGUCUACACCCCAUGGCCAUUAAAAGUUGUACAAAUCAUGACGCUGCACCCCACGGUUUAGGUUCUAGGGGGCGCCAAAGAUAACCCAAAAAUCCACAUUCUUAAAAGUCUUAUAACUUUUUAUUUUUGUCCUCACUGGCCUCCAAGUUUUCUAGGAUGAUGCAAUGUCCAGCCAUCAACACAUUUGUGAAGGAAUUUUUACUCCCCAAAAGAGCGCCCCCCCAUGGCAGGAGAAAAAAGUCAAUUUUUUCUUGUCCCCUUACAUGAAAAUACACAUUGUUGAGUGUCACGCCUGAACGCUUUGUCAUAUUGACACAAAAAUUGACAAUCAUGUGUAUCUCAAUUAGAUCUACGAAAAAGUCAAAGAGCGCGUAUCUGUAUAAUGUACGGUUAAAGGGCUAUUUCGCAUUUUUUGCCGAUUCGCACACAUUGGAAUGUGGCUAUCUCCUCCUAAGGCUUUCGUCCCACUGAUACCAAAUUUGCUCAGGGCAAUCUACACCCCAUGCCCAUUCAAAGUUGUAAAAAUCAUGACGCUGCACCCCACGGUUUACGUUCUAGGGGGCGCCAAAGAUAACCCAAAAAUCCACAUUCUUAAAAGUCAUUUUGGCCACUGCAGGAGUACAGAGUACUGCAGUUCUAGGGGGCGCCAAAGAUGACCCAAAAAUCCACAUUCUUAAAAGUCAUUUUGGCCACUGCAGGAGUACAGAGUACUGCAGUUCUAGGGGGCGCCAAAGAUGACCCAAAAAUCCACAUUCUUAAAAGUCAUUUUGGCCACUGCAGGAGUACAGAGUACUGCAGGAUACACACACAUAUACACACACGCCAACACACACACACACACACACACACACUCAGAGUUUGUUUUUUAGCACCUGCAAAAACAUGCUGUUUACAUAUUUGACAAGAAUGCAGAGGCUUCCUUUUGCCCCUGAAAAAAAUCAAAUUUCAAACACAACUUGACUGUUCAUUUCUCCAAAAGACAACCAUGAAGCUCCAUCCAAACCUGAAGCAGAUAGUUGGUGCAUGUGUACAGUAACCUGAGGGGAGUGAGGUGAGUGCUUCUGAGGAGAACAUGAGCAGUGAAGAUUCACCUGACGCUGCACCCCAAGGUUUAGGUUCUAGGGGGCGCCAAAGAUAACACUAAAAUCCACAUAUUUAAAAGUCUUAUAACUUUUUAUUUUUGUCCUCACUGGCCUCGAAGUUUUCUAGGAUGAUGCAAUGUCCAGCCAUCAACACAUUUGUGAAGGAAUUUUUACUCCCCAAAAGAGCGCCCCCCCAUGGCAGGAGAAAAAAGUCCAUUUUUUCUUGUCCCCUAAGGUGAAAAUACACAUUGUUGAGUGUCACGCCUAUACGCUUUGUCAAAAUGACACAAAAAUUGACACACACAUGUAACUCAAUAAGAUCUACGAAAAAGUCAAUGCGUGCGUAUCUGUCAAAUGUACGGUUAAAGGGUUAUUCCGCAUUUUUUGCCGAUCCGCACACAUUGGAAUGUGGCUAACUCCUCCUAAGGCUUUCGUUCCACCGGCACCACAUUUGCUCAGGCCAAUCUACACCCCAUGGCCAUUAAAAGUUAUCAAAAUCAUGACGCUGCACCCCACGGUUUAGGUUCUAGGGGGCGCCAAAGAUAACCCUAAAAUCCACAUAUUUAAAAGUCUUAUAACUUUUUAUUUUUGUCCUCACUGGCCUCCAAGUUUUCUAGGAUGAUGCAAUGUCCAGCCAUCAACACAUUUGUGAAGGAAUUUUUACUCCCCAAAAGAGCGCCCCCCCAUGGCAGGAGAAAAAAGUCCAUUUUUUCUUGUCCCCUAAGGUGAAAAUACAUAUUGUUGAGAUUCACGCCUAUACGCUUUGUCAUAUUGACACAAAAUUUGACAAUCACGUGCCUUGCCUGGUAUCAUUUUUUUCAGCACAACCUCACCUGUGCGAAUUUACAGUUAUUUUAUCAUGUUGACAUACUGAAUUUACACAAUGGACCCAAAUUCACACACAAAACAUAAAAUCCGAGUGGAAAAAAGUAACAUUUUUACUGUGAAAACCACAAAUAUGUGUGAUGAACUGUUUUUAAAACUUAAACUUCAAAUAAAAAUUGUAAACUUCAAAACAUAUGCAAAUUUUAAACAAAGAACAUAGUAAUUUACCUCUAUUUACAUCAAAAUGCAGGCAAUGGCCCAGGCGUUCUUUGUAAAAUUAUUUACAAAACACUGUAUAGUCUCACAAAUGUCACUUUUUAUUUAUGCCACUACAAAAAAACAUGAUGUAAAUGAUGCAUGAUGUAAAACAUGAUGUAAAAAACUUGUGUAGAUCCUCCUCUAUGUCAGUCCAUGUGUAAUUUUUCCAUAAUUCUUUGUUUUUUGCAGCAUUUUUGUUAGUGUAACUGCAGAUUGUGCUGACAGUGUCUAUGGCACAAAAAAAAAAAAAAAUUAAAAUGCCUCAACAUGAACCCCUGGUGGUCUCUGAGGGUGAAACCUGCUAACUGCUGCAGCUCUGUCAGCUUCAGUCUCCCAUGCAGAGCUCUGAGCGCAUGUGUGGCUCUGCACCCUUAGCAGCGUUGCUAACUCCUCAGUAAGGAAAGCCUGCUUCAUGUCAGAGUCUCUAAACUCCAGAAGAAGUCGAUAAAAGUCCCUUUCUUUCUAAAAAAAAGUCGUUAGGGGGUCUGAAAAGUCAUUGAAUCUAACAACAAAGUCGCUAGGUUUGCAACUACGUGUCCCAGACUGCAUCCCUGCUGAGAGUCCCUCCCUCCCUUCUCAUGUUGCAGGAAGAACGUAAGCGCCCGCCCCUUGUCAAUCAGUCACCAUAUAAUUUUGGAUUGGUUGUUGUGGUGAAGUUUUCCACCAAUAGGAGAGAUGUUGUGGUGUGUUUUUUUUUUCUUUUGGCAAGCCUUUUCCGCCUGUAAGAGCUGUCGCUAAUGUCUGCAUGCUAUGUUUUCCUGUCUCAUACAGCGCGAUCGAGCGCCGAACGUGAUCAAAAUAAGCAGAAAAAAAGUAUCGCGGACAUAAUUUAUCAUAACUCUGGUUUUAUUUGGCCUAUCAACACAAUUUAAAAACUGGUAUAUAGGUUGAGGUCCUCACUUUUGAGAUAAGUUGAAACGGAGAGUCAACGAGGCUCCGUCUUGCAGCUACAUCCGGUUAAAUAUGUCAUGUGACUUGAACGCACACACAGACACACACACACGCACACUCACACACACACACACACACACACACACACACACACACACACACUCAGAGUCUGGUUUUUAGCACCUGCAAAAACAUGCUAUUUACAUAUUUGACAAGAAUGCAGAGGCUCCUUUUGCCCCUGAAAAAAAUCAAAUUUCAAACACAACUUGACUGGUCAUUUCUCCAAAAGACAACCAUGAAGCUCCAUCCAAACCUGAAGCAGGCAGUUGGUGCAUGUGUACAGUAACCUGAGGGGAGUGAGGUGAGUGCUUCUGAGGAGAACAUGAGCAGUGAAGAUUCACCUUGGAGCUAGAACAGAGACAUGCACAUGAUUAUACAGGGGCAGGGGCUCAAGUUUUUUCCAGUCGUUUAUACAAUAUGGAAAUUAAUGUGAAAUUAAAAAACAAAGUAUUAAUAGAAAGGUUAUGACUGUCCUGUGUAGAUGACAGUGAUAUCCAAUAGGCUAGGCACUCACGAGGCUGGCUGUGGCAAGUGUAAGUGAAAGCAACACGCACUGGCAGGAAGAACAGCAAACGCCGAUGAAGGAAAAGGGUCUUUGCAGUGAUGGGCGUUACCAGAGAGGGCGAUGGCCAGAGGACACAAAUGGGACGGGAAGGCAGCACGUUUGGGGGGUGGGGGGGGGGGGGGACGCGACACAGCUCGGGCCCGCCAGUGCCCCAACGGGGUCCUAGUUUGUUAUUAGGGCCCGAGCGUAGCUGCUAAGCAGCUGCGAGAGCCCUAUUAUUCCUGAUGGAUUCUUCUUUCUUCUUCUUCUUCUUAUUAUUUUUCUGCCCCUUUGAACUGAAAAAUGGCCCACUUCCCACUGGUGAAAAGUCAUGAAAUUUGGCAGGACGACCGGGCCUGGUGAAAAAUUCGAUAUUCUGAAGUCGCCCAAAAAAUCAAAUGCAAAAUGGCUCCAUAGCGCCCCCUAAGGUGAAAAAUUCACAUGAUUGAGUGUCACGCCUGUACGCUUUGUCAAAAUGACACAAAAUUUGACACACACGUGUAUCUCAAUAAGAUCUACAAAAAAGUCAGUGCGGGCGUAUCUGUCAAAUGUACGGUUAAAGGGCUAUUUCGCAUUUUUUGCCGAUCCGCACACAUUGGAAUUUCGCUAACUCCUCCGAAGGCUUUCGUUCCACCGGCACCAAAUUUGCUCAGGCCAAUCUACACCCCAUGGCCAUUAAAAGUUGUACAAAUCAUGACGCUGCAUCUCACGGUUUACGUUCUAGGGGGCGCCAAAGAUAACCCAGAAAUCCACAUUCUUAAAAGUCGUAUAACUUUUUAUUUUUGUCCUCACUGGCCUCCAAGUUUUCUAGGAUGAUGCAAUGUCCAGCCAUCAACACAUUUGUGAAGGAAUUUUUACUCCCCAAAAGAGCGCCCCCCCAUGGCAGGAGAAAAAAGUCCAUUUUUUCUUGUCUCCUAAGGCGAAAAUUCACACUAUUGACUAUCACGCCUUUACGCUUUGUCAUAUUGACACAAAAAUUGACACACACAUGUAUCUCAAUAAGAUCUACAAAAAAGUCAGUGCGGGCGUAUCUGUCAAAUGUACGGUUAAAGGGCUAUUUCGCAUUUUUUGCCGAUCCGCACACAUUGGAAUUUCGCUAACUCCUCCGAAGGCUUUCGUUCCAAAGGCACCACAUUUGCUGAGGCCAAUCUACACCCCAUGGCCAUUAAAAGUUGUACAAAUCAUGACGCUGCACCCCACGGUUUACGUUCUAGGGGGCGCCAAAGAUAACCCAAAAAUCCACAGUCUUAAAAGUCUUAUAACUUUUUAUUUUUGUCCUCACUGGCCUCCAAGUUCUCUAGGAUGAUGCAAUGUCCAGCCAUCAACACAUUUGUGAAGGAAUUUUUACUCGCCAAAAGAGCGCCCCCCCCAUGGCAGGAGAAAAAAGUCCAUUUUUUCUUGUGCCCUAAGGCGAAAAUACACAUUGUUGACUGUCACGCCUUUACGCUUUGUCAAAAUGACACAAAAUUUGACACACACAUGUAUCUCAAUAAGAUCUACAAAAAAGUCAGUGCGGGCGUAUCUGUCAAAUGUACGGUUAAAGGGUUAUUUCGCAUUUUUUGCCGAUCCGCACACAUUGGAAUUUCGCUAACUCCUCCUAAAUCUUUUGUCCCAUCGGCUUCAAAUUUGCUCAGGUCAAUCUACACCCCAUGGCCAUUCAAAGUUGUACAAAUCAUGACGCUGCACCCCACAGUUUACGUUCUAGGGGGCGCCAAAGAGGACCCAAAUAUCCACAUUUUUAAAAGUCUUAUAACUUUUUAUUUUUGUCCUCACUGGCCUCCAAGUUUUCUAGGAUGAUGCAAUGUCCAGCCAUCAACACAUUUGUGAAGGAAUUUUUUCUCCCCAAAAGAGCGCCCCCCCAUGGCAGGAGAAAAAGUCAAGUUUUUCCUGCCCAUCGCUCAAUGGCUCAAACGCAUCGCUCUCUCUGCAAAACCGAAAGGAGGAGCAACUUGCCAUUUGGAUAUAUACUAGCUGUGUUUGUGCCCUCACUCAUGGUCCAGACUUUUUUCAAAUAGGACAUGUAGUUUGUCUGCAGCGAGCGUUUUGGUAGAAACUGCGCCUCCCGUUCAUUAUAAUGGGAAAUGACCACAGACAAGUGCGCACACCAUCUUUGGACCUUGAGUGUGACGCGAUCGGGAGGGGGAGGCGGUCGCGCUGGGGGCGGCGCGACGCGGCUCGGGCCCGACAGUGCCCCACCGGGGCCCUAGUUAUUAUUAUUUUUCCUCCGCUUUAAACUGGAAAAUGGCCCACUUCCCACUGGCGAAAACUCAUGAAAUUUGGCAGGACGACCGGGCCUGGUGAAAAAUUCGAUAUUCUGAAGUCGCCCAAACAAGAAAAUGCAAAAUGGCUCCAUAGCGCCCCCUAAGGUGAAAAUUCACACUAUUGACUGUCACGCCUGUACGCUUUGUCAUAUUGACACAAAAAUUGACACACACAUGUAUCUCAAUAAGAUCUACAAAAAAGUCAGUGCGAGCGUAUCUGUCAAAUGUACGGUUAAAGGAUUAUUUUGCAUUUUUUGCAGAUCCGCACACAUUGGAAUUUCGCUAACUCCUCCGAAGGCUUUCGUUCCACCGGCACCACAUUUGCUCAGGCCAAUCUACACUCCAUGGCCAUUCAAAGUUGUACAAAUCAUAAUGCUGCACCCCAUGGUUUAGGUUCUAGGGGGCGCCAAAAAUAACCCAAAAAUCCACAUUCUUAAAAGUUUUAUAAAUUUUUUUUUUUGUCCUCACUGGCCUCCAAGUUUUCUAGGAUGAUGCAAUGUCCAGCCAUCAACACAUUUGUGAAGGAAUUUUUACUCCCCAAAAGAGCGCCCCCCCAUGGCAGGAAUAAAAAGUCCAUUUUUUCUUGUCCCCUAAGGUGAAAAUACACAUUGUUGAGUGUCACGCCUGUACGCUUUGUCGUAUUGACAAAAAAUUUGACACACACGUGUAUCUCAAUAAGAUCUACGAAAAAGUCAAUGGGCGCGUAUCUGUAAAAUGUACGGUUAAAGGGCUAUUUUGCAUUUUUUGCCGAUUCGCACACAUUGGAAUGUGGCUAACUCCUCCUAAGGCUUUCGUCCCACUGACACCAAAUUUGCACAGGCCAAUCUACACCCCAUGGCCAUUCAAAGUUGUAAAAAUCAUGCCGCUGCACCCCAUGGUUUACGUUCUAGGGGGCGCCAAAGAUGACCCAAAUAUCCACAUUCUUAAAAGUCGUUUUGGCCACUGCAGGAGUACAGAGUACUGCAGGAUACACACACACAGACACACACACACACAGACACACACACACACACACACACACACACACACACACACACACACACUCAGAGUCUGUUUUUUAGCACCUGCAAAAACAUGCUAUUUACAUAUUUGACAACAAUGCAGAGGCUUCCUUUUGCCCCUGAAAAAAAUCAAAUUUCUAACACAACUUGACUGCUCAUUUCUCCAAAAGACAACCAUGAAGCUCCAUCCAAACCUGAAGCAGGCAGUUGGUGCAUGUGUACAGUAACCUGAGGGGAGUGAGGUGACUGCUUCUGAGGAGAACAUGAGCAGUGAAGAUUCACCUUGGAGCGAGAACAGGGACGUGCACAUGAUUACACGGGGGCAGGGGCUCAAGUUUUUUCCAGUCGUUUAUACAAUAUGGAAAUUAAUGUGAAAUUAAAAAACAAAGUAUUAAUAGAAAGGUAAUGACUGUCCUGUGUAGGUGACAGUGAUAUCCAAUAGGCUAGGCACUCACGAGGCUGGCUGUGGCAAGUGUAAGUGAAAGCAACACGCACUGGCAGGAAGAACAGCAAACGCCGAUGAAGGAAAAGGGUCUUUGCAGUGAUGGGCGUUACCAGAGAGGACGAUGGCCAGAGGACGCGAAUGGGACGGGGAGGCAGCGCGUUGGGGGGGGGGGGGGGGGGGGGGGGGCGACACAGCUCGGGCCCGCCAGUGCCCCAACGGGGCCCUAGUUAGGGCCCGAGCGUAGCUGCUAAGCAGCUGCGAGAGCCCUCUUGUUCCUGUAGUUUCCUUCUUUUGUUAUUAUUAUUAUUAUUAUUAUUUUUCCUCCCCUUUGAACUGGAAAAUGGCCCACUUCCCACUGGCGAAAACUCAUGAAAUUUGGCAGGACGACCGGGCCUGGUGAAAAAUUUGAUAUUCCGAAGUCGCCCAAACAAGAAAAUGCAAAAUGGCUCCAUAGCGCCCCCUAAGGUGAAAAUUCACACUAUUGACUGUCACGCCUGUACGCUUUGUCAAAAUGACACAAAAAUUGACACACACAUGUAUCUCAAUAAGAUCUACAAAAAAGUCAGUGCGGGCGUAUCUGUCAAAUGUACGGUUAAAGGGUUAUUUCGCAUUUUUUGCCGAUCCGCACACAUUGGAAUUUCGCUAACUCCUCCGAAGGCUUUCGUUCCACCGGCACCACAUUUGCUCAGGCCAAUCUACACCCCAUGGCCAUUAAAAGUUAUUCAAAUCAUGACGCUGCACCCCACGGUUUAGGUUCUAGGGGGCGCCAAAGAUAACCCUAAGAUCCACAUAUUUAAAAGUCUUAUAACUUUUUAUUUUUGCCCUCACUGGCCUCCAAGUUUUCUAGGAUGAUGCAAUGUCCAGCCAUCAACACAUUUGUGAAGGAAUUUUUACUCCCCAAAAGAGCGCCCCCCCAUGGCAGGAGAAAAAAGUCCAUUUUUUCUUGUCCCCUAAGGUGAAAAUACACAUUGUUGAGUGUAACACCUGUACGCUUUGGCAAAAUGACACAAAAAUUGACACACACAUGUAUCUCAAUAAGAUCUACGAAAAAGUCAAUGCACGCGUAUCUGUCAAAUGUACGGUUAAAGGGUUAUUCCGCAUUUUUUGCCGAUCCGCACACAUUGGAAUUUCGCUAACUCCUCCGAAGGCUUUCGUUCCACCGGCACCACAUUUGCUCAGGCCAAUAUACACCCCAUGGCCAUUAAAAGUUAUUCAAAUCAUGACGCUGCACCCCACGGUUUAGGUUCUAGGGGGAGCCAAAGAUAACCGUAAAAUCCACAUAUUUAAAAGUCUUAUAACUUUUUAUUUUUGUCCCCACUGGCCUCCAAGUUUUCUAGGAUGAUGCAAUGUCCAGCCAUCAACACAUUUGUGAAGGAAUUUUUACUCGGCAAAAGAGCGCCCCCCAUGGCAGGAGAAAAAAGUCAAUUUUUUCUUGUCCACUAAGGUGAAAAUACACAUUGUUGAGUGCUACGCCUGUAUGUUUUGUCGUAUUGACACAAAAUUUUACAUACACGUGUAUUUCAAUAAGAUCUUCGAAAAAGUCAAUGGCCACGUAUCUGUAAAAUGUACGGUUAAAGGGUUAUUUCGCAUUUUUUGCAGAUUCGCACACAUUGGAAUUUCGCUAAUUCCUCCGAAGGCUUUCGUUCCACCGGCACCACAUUUGCUCAGGCCAAUCUACACCCCAUGGCCAUUAAAAGUUAUUCAAAUCAUGACGCUGCACCCCACGGUUUAGGUUCUAGGGGGCGCCAAAGAUAACCCUAAAAUCCACAUAUUUAAAAGUCUUAUAACUUUUUAUUUUUGUCCUCACUGGCCUCCAUGUUUUCUAGGAUGAUGCAAUGUCCAGCCAUCAACACAUUUGUGAAGGAGUUUUUUCUCUUUAAAAGAGCGCCCCCCAUGGCAGGAGAAUAAAGUCAAGUUUUUCCUGUUCAUCAUUCAAUGGCUCAAACGCACUGCUCUCUCGGCAAAAGCGAAAGGAGGAGCAACUUGCCAUUUGGAUAUAUCUUAGCUGUGUUUGUGCCCUCACUCAUGGUCCAGACUUUUUUCAAAUAGGACAUGGAGUUUUUCUGCAGCGAGCGUUUUGGUAGAAACUGCGCCUCCCGUUCAUUAUAAUGGUAAAUGACCACAAACAAGUGCGCACACCAUCUUUGGACCUUGAGUGUGACGCGAUCGGGUGGGGGAGGCGGUCGCGCUGGGGGCGGCGUGACACGGCUCGGGCCCGCCAGUGCCCCAACGGGGCCCUAGUUUCUUCUUUUUCCUCCCCUUUGAACUGGAAAAUGGCCCACUUCCCACUGGCGAAAACUCAUGAAAUUUGGCAGGACGACCGGGCCUGGUGAAAAAUUUGAUAUUCCGAAGUCGCCCAAACAAGAAAAUGCAAAAUGGCUCCAUAGCGCCCCCUAAGGUGAAAAUUCACACUAUUGACUGUCACGCGUGUACGCUUUGUCAAAAUGACACAAAAAUUGACACACACAUGUAUCUCAAUAAGAUCUACAAAAAAGUCAGUGCGGGCGUAUCUGUCAAAUGUACGGUUAAAGGGUUAUUUUGCAUUUUUUGCCGAUCCGCACACAUUGGAAUUUCGCUAACUCCUCCGAAGGCUUUCGUUCCACCGGCACCACAUUUGCUCAGGCCAAUCUACACCCCAUGGCCAUUAAAAGUUAUUCAAAUCAUGACGCUGCACCCCACGGUUUAGGUUCUAGGGGGCGCCAAAGAUAACCCUAAGAUCCACAUAUUUAAAAGUCUUAUAACUUUUUAUUUUUGCCCUCACUGGCCUCCAAGUUUUCUAGGAUGAUGCAAUGUCCAGCCAUCAACACAUUUGUGAAGGAAUUUUUACUCCCCAAAAGAGCGCCCCCCCAUGGCAGGAGAAAAAAGUCCAUUUUUUCUUGUCCCCUAAGGUGAAAAUACACAUUGUUGAGUGUAACACCUGUAUGCUUUGGCAAAAUGACACAAAAAUUGACACACACAUGUAUCUCAAUAAGAUCUACGAAAAAGUCAAUGCGCGCGUAUCUGUCAAAUGUACGGUUAAAGGGUUAUUCCGCAUUUUUUGCCGAUCCGCACACAUUGGAAUUUCGCUAACUCCUCCGAAGGCUUUCGUUCCACCGGCACCACAUUUGCUCAGGCCAAUCUACACCCCAUGGCCAUUAAAAGUUAUUCAAAUCAUGACGCUGCACCCCACGGUUUAGGUUCUAGGGGGCGCCAAAGAUAACCCUAAAAUCCACAUAUUUAAAAGUCUUAUAACUUUUUAUUUUUGUCCUCACUGGCCUCCAAGUUUUCUAGGAUGAUGCAAUGUCCAGCCAUCAACACAUUUGUGAAGGAAUUUUUACUCCCCAAAAGAGCGCCCCCCCAUGGCAGGAGAAAAAAGUCAAUUUUUUCUUGUCCCCUAAGGUGGAAAUUCACACUAUUGACUGUCACGCCUGUACGCUUUAUCAUAUUGACACAAAAAUUGACACACACGUGUAUCUCAAUAAGAUCUACAAAAAAGUCAAUGCGCGCGUAUCUGUCAAAUGUACGGUUAAAGGGCUAUUUUGCAUUUUUUGCCGAUUCGCACACAUUGGAAUGUGGCUAACUCCUCCUAAGACUUUCGUCCCACUGACACCAAAUUUGCUCAGGCCAAUCUACACCCCAUGGCCAUUCAAAGUUGUAAAAAUCAUGACGCUGCACCCCACGGUUUACGUUCUAGGGGGCGCCAAAGAUGACCCAAAAAUCCACAUUCUUAAAGGAAUCCACACCCCCCCCCAAGGCAGGAGAAAAAGUCAAGUUAACCCUGCCCAUCGCUCAAUGGCUCAAUCGCAUCGCUCUCCAGGCAACACCGUAAGGAGGAGCAACCUGCCAUUUCGAUAUAUCAUAGCUGUGUUUGUGCCCUCACUCAUGGUCCAGACUUUUUUCAAAUAGGACAUGAAGUUUGUCUGCAGCGAGUGUUUUGGUAGAAACUGCGCCUCCCAUUCAUUAUAAUGGGAAAUGACCACAGACAAGUGCGCACACCAUCUUUGGACCUUGAGUGUGACGCGAUCGGGAGGGGGAGGCGGUCGCGCUAGGGGCGGCGCGACGCGGCUCGGGCCCGACAGUGCCCCACCGGGGCCCUAGUUCUUUCUUUCUUUCUUCUUUUUCCUCCCCUUUGAACUGGAAAAUGGCCCACUUCCCACUGGCGAAAACUCAUGAAAUUUGGCAGGACGACCGGGCCUGGUGAAAAAUUCGAUAUUCUGAAGUCGCCCAAACAAUAAAAUGCAAAAUGGCUCCAUAGCGCCCCCUAAGGUGGAAAUUCACACUAUUGACUGUCACGCCUGUACGCUUUGUCAUAUUGACACAAAAAUUGACACACAUAUGUAUCUCAAUAAGAUCUACAAAAAAGUCAGUGCGGCCGUAUCUGUCAAAAUUACGGUUAAAGGGUUAUUUCGCAUUUUUUUCCGAUCCGCACACAUUGGAAUUUCGCUAACUCCUCCGAAGGCUUUCGUUCCACCGGCACCACAUUUGCUCAGGCCAAUCUACACCCCGUGGCCAUUAAAAGUUAUCAAAAUCAUGACGCUGCACCCCAAGGUUUAGGUUCUAGGGGGCGCCAAAGAUAACACUAAAAUCCACAUAUUUAAAAGUCUUAUAACUUUUUAUUUUUGUCCUCACUGGCCUCCAAGUUUUCUAGGAUGAUGCAAUGUCCAGCCAUCAACACAUUUGUGAAGGAAUUUUUACUCCCCAAAAGAGCGCCCCCCCAUGGCAGGAGAAAAAAGUCCAUUUUUUCUUGUCCCCUAAGGUGAAAAUACACAUUGUUGAGUGUCACGCCUAUACGCUUUGUCAAAAUGACACAAAAAUUGACACACACAUGUAACUCAAUAAGAUCUACAAAAAAGUCCAUGCGCGCGUAUCUGUCAAAUGUACAGUUAAAGGGUUAUUCCGCAUUUUUUGCCGAUCCGCACACAUUGGAAUUUCGCUAACUCCUCCGAAGGCUUUCGUUCCACCGGCACCACAUUUGCUCAGGCCAAUCUACACCCCGUGGCCAUUAAAAGUUAUCAAAAUCAUGACGCUGCACCCCAAGGUUUAGGUUCUAGGGGGCGCCAAAGAUAACACUAAAAUCCACAUAUUUAAAAGUCUUAUAACUUUUUAUUUUUGUCCUCACUGGCCUCCAAGUUUUCUAGGAUGAUGCAAUGUCCAGCCAUCAACACAUUUGUGAAGGAAUUUUUACUCCCCAAAAGAGCGCCCCCCCAUGGCAGGAGAAAAAAGUCCAUUUUUUCUUGUCCCCUAAGGUGAAAAUACACAUUGUUGACUGUCACGCCUAUACGCUUUGUCAUAUUGACACAAAAAUUGACACACACAUGUAACUCAAUAAGAUCUACGAAAAAGUCAAUGCGCGCGUAUCUGUCAAAUGUACGGUUAAAGGGUUAUUUCGCAUUUUUUGCCGAUCCGCACACAUUGGAAUUUCGCUAACUCCUCCGAAGGCUUUCGUUCCACCGGCACCACAUUUGCUCAGGCCAAUCUACACCCCGUGGCCAUUGAAAGUUAUCAAAAUCAUGACGCUGCACCCCAAGGUUUAGGUUCUAGGGGGCGCCAAAGAUAACACUAAAAUCCACAUAUUUAAAAGUCUUAUAACUUUUUAUUUUUGUCCUCACUGGCCUCCAAGUUUUCUAGGAUGAUGCAAUAUCCAGCCAUCAACACAUUUGUGAAGGAAUUUUUACUCCCCAAAAGAGCGCCCCCCCAUGGCAGGAGAAAAAAGUCAAUUUUUUCUUGUCCCCUAAGGUGAAAAUACAUAUUGUUGAGAUUCACGCCUAUACGCUUUGUCAUAUUGACACAAAAUUUGACAAUCACGUGCCUUGCCUGGUAUCAUUUUUUUCAGCACAACCUCACCUGUGCGAAUUUACAGUUAUUUUAUCAUGUUGACAUACUGAAUUUACACAAUGGACCCAAAUUCACACACAAAACAUAAAAUCCGAGUGGAAAAAAGUAACAUUUUUACUGUGAAAACCACAAAUAUGUGUGAUGAACUGUUUUUAAAACUUAAACUUCAAAUAAAAAUUGUAAACUUCAAAACAUAUGCAAAUUUUUAACAAAGAACAUAGUGAUUUACCUCUAUUUACAUCAAAAUGCAGGCAAUGGCCCAGGCGUUCUUUGUAAAAUUAUUUACAAAACACUGUAUAGUCUCACAAAUGUCACUUUUUAUUUAUGCCACUACAAAAAAACAUGAUGUAAAUGAUGCAUGAUGUAAAACAUGAUGUAAAAAACUUGUGUAGAUCCCCCUCUAUGUCAGUCCAUGUGUAAUUUUUCCAUAAUUCUUUGUUUUUUGCAGCAUUUUUGUUAGUGUAACUGCAGAUUGUGCUGACAGUGUCUAUGGCACAAAAAAAAAAAAAUUUAAAAUGCCUCAACAUGAACCCCUGGUGGUCUCUGAGGGUGAAACCUGCUAACUGCUGCAGCUCUGUCAGCUUCAGUCUCCCAUGCAGAGCUCUGAGCGCAUGUGUGGCUCUGCACCCUUAGCAGCGUUGCUAACUCCUCAGUAAGGAAAGCCUGCUUCAUGUCAGAGUCUCUAAACUCCAGAAGAAGUCGAUAAAAGUCCCUUUCUUUCUAAAAAAAAGUCGUUAGGGGGUCUGAAAAGUCAUUGAAUCUAACAACAAAGUCGCUAGGUUUGCAACUACGUGUCCCAGACUGCAUCCCUGCUGAGAGUCCCUCCCUCGCUUCUCAUGUUGCAGGAAGAACGUAAGCACCCGCCCCUUGUCAAUCAGUCACCAUAUAAUUUUGGAUUGCUUGUUGUGGUGAAGUUUUCCACCAAUAGGAGAGAUGUUGUGGUGUGUUUUUUUUUUCUUUUGGCAAGCCUUUUCCGCCUGUAAGACCUGUCGCUAAUGUCUGCAUGCUAUGUUUUCCUGUCUCAUACAGCGCGAUCGAGCGCCGAACGUGAUCAAAAUAAGCAGAAAAAAAGUAUCGCGGACAUAAUUUAUCAUAACUCUGGUUUUAUUUGGCCUAUCAACACAAUUUAAAAACUGGUAUAUAGGUUGAGGUCCUCACUUUUGAGAUAAGUUGAAACGGAGAGUCAACGAGGCUCCGUCUUGCAGCUACAUCCGGUUAAAUAUGUCAUGUGACUUGAACGCACACACAGACACACACACACGCACACACACACACACACACACACACACACACACACACACUCAGAGUCUGGUUUUUAGCACCUGCAAAAACAUGCUAUUUACAUAUUUGACAAGAAUGCAGAGGCUCCUUUUGCCCCUGAAAAAAAUCAAAUUUCAAACACAACUUGACUGCUCAAUUCUCCAAAAGACAACCAUGAAGUUCCAUCCAAACCUGAAGCAGGCAGUUGGUGCAUGUGUACAGUAACCUGAGGGGAGUGAGGUGAGUGCUUCUGAGGAGAACAUGAGCAGUGAAGAUUCACCUUGGAGCUAGAACAGAGACAUGCACAUGAUUAUACAGGGGCAGGGGCUCAAGUUUUUUCCAGUCGUUUAUACAAUAUGGAAAUUAAUGUGAAAUUAAAACACAAAGUAUUAAUAGAAAGGUUAUGACUGUCCUGUGUAGGUGACAGUGAUAUCCAAUAGGCUAGGCACUCACGAGGCUGGCUGUGGCAAGUGUAAGUGAAAGCAACACGCACUGGCAAGAAGAACAGCAAACGCCGAUGAAGGAAAAGGGUCUUUGCAGUGAUGGGCGUUACCAGAGAGGGCGAUGGCCAGAGGACACAAAUGGGACGGGGAGGCAGCACGUUGGGGGGGGGACGCGACACGGCUCGGGCCCGCCAGUGCCCCAACGGGGUCCUAGUUAUUUUUCCUCCCCUUUGAACUGGAAAAUGGCCCACUUCCCACUGGCGAAAACUCAUGAAAUUUGGCAGGACGACCGGGCCUGGUGAAAAAUUUGAUAUUCCGAAGUCGCCCAAACAAGAAAAUGCAAAAUGGCUCCAUAGCGCCCCCUAAGGUGAAAAUUCACACUAUUCACUGUCACGCCUGUACGCUUUGUCAAAAUGACACAAAAAUUGACACACACAUGUAUCUCAAUAAGAUCUACAAAAAAGUCAGUGCGGGCGUAUCUGUCAAAUGUACGGUUAAAGGGUUAUUUCGCAUUUUUUGCCGAUCCGCACACAUUGGAAUUUCGCUAACUCCUCCGAAGGCUUUCGUUCCACCGGCACCACAUUUGCUCAGGCCAAUCUACACCCCAUGGCCAUUAAAAGUUAUUCAAAUCAUGACGCUGCACCCCACGGUUUAGGUUCUAGGGGGCGCCAAAGAUAACCCUAAGAUCCACAUAUUUAAAAGUCUUAUAACUUUUUAUUUUUGCCCUCACUGGCCUCCAAGUUUUCUAGGAUGAUGCAAUGUCCAGCCAUCAACACAUUUGUGAAGGAAUUUUUACUCCCCAAAAGAGCGCCCCCCCAUGGCAGGAGAAAAAAGUCAAUUUUUUCUUGUCCCCUAAGGUGAAAAUACACAUUGUUGAGUGUAACACCUGUACGCUUUGGCAAAAUGACACAAAAAUUGACACACACAUGUAUCUCAAUAAGAUCUACGAAAAAGUCAAUGCGCGCGUAUCUGUCAAAUGUACGGUUAAAGGGUUAUUCCGCAUUUUUUGCCGAUCCGCACACAUUGGAAUUUCGCUAACUCCUCCGAAGGCUUUCGUUCCACCGGCACCACAUUUGCUCAGGCCAAUCUACCCCCCAUGGCCAUUAAAAGUUAUUCAAAUCAUGACGCUGCACCCCACGGUUUAGGUUCUAGGGGGCGCCAAAGAUAACCCUAAGAUCCACAUAUUUAAAAGUCUUAUAACUUUUUAUUUUUGCCCUCACUGGCCUCCAAGUUUUCUAGGAUGAUGCAAUGUCCAGCCAUCAACACAUUUGUGAAGGAAUUUUUACUCCCCAAAAGAGCGCCCCCCCAUGGCAGGAGAAAAAAGUCCAUUUUUUCUUGUCCCCUAAGGUGAAAAUACACAUUGUUGAGUGUAACACCUGUACGCUUUGGCAAAAUGACACAAAAAUUGACACACACAUGUAUCUCAAUAAGAUCUACGAAAAAGUCAAUGCGCGCGUAUCUGUCAAAUGUACGGUUAAAGGGUUAUUCCGCAUUUUUUGCCGAUCCGCACACAUUGGAAUUUCGCUAACUCCUCCGAAGGCUUUCGUUCCACCGGCACCACAUUUGCUCAGGCCAAUCUACACCCCAUGGCCAUUAAAAGUUAUUCAAAUCAUGACGCUGCACCCCACGGUUUAGGUUCUAGGGGGAGCCAAAGAUAACCGUAAAAUCCACAUAUUUAAAAGUCUUAUAACUUUUUAUUUUUGUCCCCACUGGCCUCCAAGUUUUCUAGGAUGAUGCAAUGUCCAGCCAUCAACACAUUUGUGAAGGAAUUUUUACUCGGCAAAAGAUUGCCCCCCCCAUGGCAGGAGAAAAAAGUCAAUUUUUUCUUGUCCACUAAGGUGAAAAUACACAUUGUUGAGUGCUACGCCUGUAUAUUUUGUCGUAUUGACACAAAAUUUUACAUACACGUGUAUUUACAUAAGAUCUUCGAAAAAGUCAAUGGCCACGUAUCUGUAAAAUGUACGGUUAAAGGGUUAUUUCGCAUUUUUUGCAGAUUCGCACACAUUGGAAUUUCGCUAAUUCCUCCGAAGGCUUUCGUUCCACCGGCACCACAUUUGCUCAGGCCAAUCUACACCCCAUGGCCAUUAAAAGUUAUUCAAAUCAUGACGCUGCACCCCACGGUUUAGGUUCUAGGGGGCGCCAAAGAUAACCCUAAAAUCCACAUAUUUAAAAGUCUUAUAACUUUUUAUUUUUGUCCUCACUGGCCUCCAUGUUUUCUAGGAUGAUGCAAUGUCCAGCCAUCAACACAUUUGUGAAGGAGUUUUUUCUCUUUAAAAGAGCGCCCCCCCAUGGCAGGAGAAUAAAGUCAAGUUUUUCCUGUUCAUCAUUCAAUGGCUCAAACGCACUGCUCUCUCGGCAAAAGCGAAAGGAGGAGCAACUUGCCAUUUGGAUAUAUCUUAGCUGUGUUUGUGCCCUCACUCAUGGUCCAGACUUUUUUCAAAUAGGACAUGGAGUUUUUCUGCAGCGAGCGUUUUGGUAGAAACUGCGCCUCCCGUUCAUUAUAAUGGUAAAUGACCACAAACAAGUGCGCACACCAUCUUUGGACCUUGAGUGUGACGCGAUCGGGUGGGGGAGGCGGUCGCGCUGGGGGCGGCGUGACACGGCUCGGGCCCGCCAGUGCCCCAACGGGGCCCUAGUUACCCUUUGAACCUCAGACCACAGCUCUUCAUUAAAGGGGUUUUAUUCUUACCGGAGCUGAAUGGAACAAUUAAUGUGGUUAAACUGAGGCGUAGAAAUCACAGCAUAGAUCUGCACAGGAGGGCUGUCCUAAUACCUGCACUUGUGAUUAGGCAGAGAGGCAUUUGCAGUGGCAAACACUUGAAUGUGAGUGACACACAUUUAAACAUGCUUGUGUGCACAGCAGGAGUGACCUGCUUUUGUUCAUAAAUAGAAUAAGUCACAAUGAAAUAUUAAAAGUUCAUAUGAAUGUAUGAAACACAAUUUUUAAACCAUACCUGGACAUUAAAGCGGCAAGUACAGAUUUUUCUGGCCACUUGGGGGCAGCGUAACAAGUUGUUUACACACUAAGUAUUUUCUUGCAACAAUUACAAACUCAGUGCAGCACUGGAAUGAAUUUAAGGGCUUGUUUCUACUGAAUUGACCUGUGUAAACCCUCACUGGUCAGCUAACAUAGAGCAAAAGCUCACUGCUUACUUUUUCUACAUGCUGUUCACACCUCAAGUGUGAGCUUACAUUCGAGUAUUCUCUGUUGCACCUUGAAGUUAGGGACCAAAUUGUGUAUUUCAAAGUCUGCACUUCUAAGUUUGCAUGGACAUGUCAAUUUUAAAGUGUGAACCUUCAAGAAGAAUUACGAGUGUGAAGAAUUAAGACUUAAAAAUGGAGGGUGCAACACAACCUGUAAACUUAAAGUCUGCUUAAAAGUGUGCACUUGAAAAUGUUCCCUUGAAAGAUCUCUCAGGAGUGUGCUCAAAAGAGUGUGAACUUCAAAGUGUGAACUGUAGUUGACCCCUUUGAAACUGCACUUCAAAGUCCCUGUCUCAACUUCAGUGUGCAACUAAAAAUGUGCAUUUCAAAGAGCGCUUUAUAAAGUGCAUUUAAAAAAACGUGACCUGAUAAGUUUGUAUUUUGAAAUGCAUUAAAAAGUGUGUGUUUAUUAGUGCUCUUACAAUUCUGCAGUUAAAAGUACACUCCAAUGAGCGCUAAUUGUGCCAUGAAGUGUGCACUUGGAACUGUGUGCACUUUAUGCUAACAAUUUCUGCUCUCAAAAAGGUAAACUUUAAAGUUCACAAUCUUAAGACUGCAAGAGAGACUGCAAUUUAAAGUGUGCUUUUCAAAUCAUAAAGAAGUAUACACUGCAGAAAGUGAUAUUUUAUGUGCACACUGGAUUUAACUCAAAGGUGUACACUUUAGUGUUCAACUUCUGCUGAGCAGAUAGUGUCCAGAUAAAUGAAAUCUCUGAAAGACUUGAAAAUGUUUGAUCAAAGGAGAUAUUUGUGCCAGAAAUUAUGAGUGAAAACCAUAAACUGUAUAUAGAAUGGACAGAGUCUGCCUCCUCACUGGGUGAAGCCACUCCGAGAACAGCACCCUCUGUUGAUGGGCUGCAGUAUAGGUCAUAAAUCCCGCCUCCGCCAGCAAAGCUUAUGGGCCUGUGGACAAACUUUAGAAAUUAAUUACACAGAACAUAAUUUUUUUCUGCCCCCUGCUUGUGAUGUUGACAUAUAGUUACUGUAAGACUGGUUUGUGCUCAAGUCCUCUUUUUUCUGUGAAGCUCAGUUUUUAAAAGUUAUUAGGGGGUUCAUGUUUUCUAUGAUUGACACUUGAUACAGCCUAUGGGCGUUCCGUAGCUCUCCCUGGGAAUACGCUGUUUGAGCCGAGCGCCAUCACAGCGACUCUCAGCGACUGCGCGCCCGAAUGCGUACAACGCUACUGUGCAGUGCUUGUUUCAGGAAAUGGAGAAAAAUCACGGAAAUACCGAGAGCUUUUUGGAUUCAAAUCUGUAUACCGGCAGUAGGCGGAACCAAGUUGUCCAUAGUAUAUACAGUCUAUGGUGAAAACCUACAGAAAAAGAUCAGCAAAGAAAUGAGACAACAGGAGCCAAAGAUAUAAAACCUGAAAUUCCCAGAAGAAAGUUUAAAUUUAAGAAAAUAGCUCAGCCAAGGGUCAUAAAACCAAAAAUAAGGUCCCUGUUGGAUGAUUACUGUAGCCAGGUCAUUACCAGUUCCUUCAAAUCAUGGUUGUGUACACUUAUUAUUGUGAGAUUGAAGGAAAUCAUUGACUGAAAAUACAAUAGAGAUAAAUUUGGGAGUUCAAUAAAGUCUGAAUUGUUCUUCCAACCAAACCAAAGAGAUAAAGAUGAGGCAGGCAGACAGCAGCAGUUGGCAGUUUCUCAGUUGUUAACAACUCUCUUAGUGCUGCAGUGCCACUCUUAGAUCCUAAUACAUAGAUUUUUUUUGUUAUCUUAUGGUUUAAUAAGCAUUAAUCUUCUUUGCUGUCAAAACUGUUUUUGGAGGGUUUAACUUGCACCUGUAGCUGCAGUGGAUUCUGGCCAUCCAUGGCUGCUGUUUGUGUGUGAUUGUCCCCACACGCGCUCGUCUCUGAGGUGGGAGGACUGAAAUCAUGUUGACAGCGUUUCAGAUUGGACUUUCCUGUCGCUCCCUGUGCUUUUUCUAUUUUUAUCAGAGCCAGAGUUUAGACCACGGCUUUUAUCAGCCACUCCACAGAAGGGGAGAGAUGGCAGAGAUGUGACAAUUGUAAAGGAGGGAGAAGGACUUUUUUUUCCGUUAAAACUAUUGCCAGAAUAAAUUCAGUCUGAUGGAUUAUAGUCCAAGAACUUCAGCAUUUAAAGGACAGUAAAUAUGUGGUGAUAUGAUUACACUGAUGAACGACCUUAUGUGUGCAAAUCUGUGUUGAAUGCAUGCCUUAAAGUUUUUCCAUGCAACCUUGAGACAGCAAAGGAGCUUCUAUUCGUUAUGCACUGAUCACCAUAUACUUGUACACACAGCCAGAUUCUCUCUCCAUGUAUUCACAUCGCGACUGUAGCAGAUCCCACCUGCAGUUGUGUGUCCUGCUGAGGGCUGAUGUUCCUGCUGUAGCACUGAUGUGCAUGAUCGGCCUGACGAACGUCCAUGACUGCUCUGACUGGCAGAAGCAGAUGGCACAUUGGCAGGGCUUCAUGGUUCGUGCCCUCUGUGGACAUGCCUCGUGCAGAGAGCGGCUAAUCACCAGCCCGCCCUCAUCGCAGCAACAACCAAUUAUAGCAGCACUGAGCAAAAUGCAAAAGCAGGAGGCAGAAAUAAAAAUAAAGAAUCUGACCCAAAAUGAGUGACCUGGAAAUAUUAAAUUUGUGUUUUUGCACUGUAGCUCUUGAGUCCUUGUAAAAUAAAAUACAUUUGAAUUUGAAUUUGUAGUGUUAAAGUUGCAGGAGAGUUUAUCCAAAACCUAAAAUCACAGUGUGAGUUGAAAGUAAAGCUGCUACAGGCUUCAACAUGGAAGCAAACGAGAAAUCCAAAGUGAAACAGAUGAAUGGAUUGCUUUACUUUUAUUGAAAAGGCAGAUUUCAGGUUUUGACGUAGUUAUUUUCUUUGCACCUGUGGUUACCAUGGUAAUGGCUUCUGAAGUUUAACAUUGAAGUGUGACUUUUGAGUGGUUACAAUACCAACAGAAGUAACACUGGUGAAUCAGGUAAAGGCUACAUUUGUCAUCAUUUUGACUUCACGGAAGAUAAUGUCAUAAGAGUUUGUAUGUGCAGUCUUGAUUUGUAGCUGGAAGGAAGGAAGGAAGGAAGGAAGGAAGGAAGGAAGGAAAAAAGAAAGAAAGAAAGAAAGAAAGAAAGAAAGAAAGAAAGAAAGAAAGAAAGCUUAUUUUCUGUGAGUCGGGGUGUGACACUCACAUUCAGAAGAUUGUUGGUACACUCUGUAACAGUCCAGUGCGUGGGCUUCAUUCGAGUCAGCGCUCAUUACAAUCCACAGCUUCUGUGGGUGACCCUUGUCUCUUAUGGAUAGAUUAGUCCUCUACAAAAUAGACAUGAAUGGAUCCUUUGGGGUGCCAGUGUGUGUACAGCUCUGUUAUUUCUCUUGUCCUGGGCAAUAAUAGAAACAAGCUGUUUUCACAGUGAUGAGCAUCUCUCUUCCCAAACCACUGGCACUGUUGUGCAGGAUGAAGCUGUCGUCCCUCCCACAAGGCCACCAACACCCACACUGCAUUGCACAUGUUUAUAACUCUGAGUAUAAUCGAGUUUGAAUUGUUUUGUGUUUUUGUCUUUAGCACUAAAGUUGUUGUGCUUCUGUGUUUGCAGGUGAACACCCUCGGCAGGGAAGUAGCCGACCUGGGACGAGUCAUGAACAGGAUGGCGCAUCUCAUGGAGACCCUCAUGUCUUCAGUCCCUCAGCCUACCUUAGUCUGCCCUGCCCACUUCUCCCCAGGACAGCACACUUACCUGCCCCACCCCAACCCUCCUCAAUCCUACCCCUCACCUUCCUCCCCUCAGACUGCCUCCAUCUGGAUGGAUACGCCCAUGUCACUCCCCUCCUCUCCCCUCACUUUCCCCCAGCAGCACAGUGGAAUACACCACAGGGACCCCCUCACACACAGACCCCAGGACCUUCAGCUGGGAUUUUCUUCAAACCCCAGCUCAACUUUACCUCCAACUCCUACUUUAUCGGACCUUCAGCUACAGCCGAUCAUUGCAGAGCCUCACCUGGUUUCCUCGCCGCUGAGCUCGCCAGAGACUUUGCACUUCACAGAUGGGGUUUCUGGCUCCAUCAGGUCAAGGGUGCACAGUCCAACUUCACAUGACGGGGGAGAAGAAGGCCCUGAUCAAAGCUCUGGGUGCUCUUCGAAUACAGGACUCGGGGGGACCUAUCACAGCCCGGCGAAGGGAUUGUAG